AACAGCAUGGUGGGAGUUGUAGUUCGCGGUGAGGCGGCACGGUGGCGCUCCCCUCAGGUACUACUAUUGAUCGAUAGGGUUAAGGGCUGGUCCAGCAGGCGUCCCCGCAGGUAGCGGUUAUAGUUGCCCUGUCGAAGUUGGCCAGAGAAAUUGGGGAGGGGGGCACAGGCAAGAAGGGCCGCAGGCAGCUGUAAACAACUCAAGCAGCGAAACGUUUCUGAGACGGUGAAGCAAAAGUGAUCCUGAAUAGGCAUGACAACGAAGAGGGGGUUUUGUGGUUUUUUUGCAUCCAUAAAAAAUUUUUUGGGUUUUGCCUCAGAUGCCUGCAGUGUUUUCCUCCUCACGUGGCCCAGUGCCCGCGCUUCAGAGGUGUCGUAAACAAUAAUUUACUUAGGAGACCACUGUAAGUAGAUGAAAACAUUAGCAGGAUUUUAAUUUCACUUGUAAUGUGACAAAUAUUAUGGAUAAUAUGGACGGAUAUAAAAUAUAGAGUACGGAAUGAUAUGCAGUUGAAAAUGUUGACAAUAGGACCCAUAGAGGGGAUGGAGGGGAAGUCUCGAGAUUCAGAGAAUUCUCAAUACACGGGUAUGUAGUUGGUAUCGUUAUCAAUUUAUAUCUGUAAAAUCAAAUAAAAAUGUUUUUUUUUAAAAAAAAAAAGGGGGGUUGUGAACGUAGGUGGAAGGGGGCAGAGAAAUCUAAAAUGUGCGGCCUGGGUUUUUUUUUGUGCAACUCAGGAUAACAUUAGACAGUAGUGAAGUAAACCUGCUAGUGCUGAAGGAGGCUCAGAACUUCACUGUAUUCUUCUCUGCAACAAACUAAUGCAGCUACUCCUGUAUAAGUUAUCACUCUUAAUAUUGUAGGCAUGGUUGGGUUUAGGAGCCAUGCACACAGCACAGCAGAAGAGGUAAAGUGCACAAAAACAGUUAUGAGUUGGGGGAGGAGAAUGGAACGGAGUAUCCCAUGAGGGAUCAUGUCUGGCUUGGUGGAACUCUGAUCAGGGCCGAUACAGAUUGCAACAUUUUGUUGCAGGUCCUGCCUGCUAAUGGCUAUUAGCCAAUAUAGCUAAAUGGAAUGCCCAGGUUCAAAGGGUGUAUAUGAUGAAGUAUCUGUUGCAAGAGGUGCUGUGAGGAGGCAAAUGUCAGGAGAGGGCUACUGCUUUCAUAGUAUAGUUUUCCCCAAAUCAUCUUCUUUGCCACUGUGGGAUACAAAUGUACUGUGUUCACUUGCGUUUUUAUAAUUUUUUAUUUACUGAGAGCCUGAAGCAAAAAUUUUAGGAGACAAUAAAGAUGCAAUUAAUCUCUUCUGUAGUGUCUAGACUAAUUUGGUUCAUGAGUGAUAAUGUCAUUGUUGGUGCCCUUUCUACACAUUUUGAGGGAACUUCUAUAGACACUGCUGAGCUAGAUUUACCAAUACAGUGGCACCUCUGGUUAUGUACCUAAUUCGUUCCAGAGGUCCGUUCUUAACCUGAAACCAUUCUUAACCUGAGGUACCACUUUAGCUAAUGGGGCCUCCUGCUGCCGCUGCGCCACUGCCACACGAUUUCUGUUCUCAUCCUGACGUAAAGUUCUUAACCCAAGGUACUACUUCUGGGUUAGCGGAGUUUGUAACCUGAAGAGUUUAUAACCCGAGGUAUCACUGUAGUCUAAGGCGGCAUAAGGAAUCGUUCUAUGUUCGGGAACACAGAAAUGUAGGUUCCCAAAUGCAGGAAGGAGAGCAAGGUUACUGAAUGUGUGGAAGAAAGCCCUCCACAUGUAUAGCUGUCUGAGCAGGGGUCUUUUCAGCACUGCAGUGAAUGUUUGUAUAUCAUCCUGCCACUACACUGCUGCCUACCUCUCAUGACUAUUAAAAUGUCUGACUGGGGUUGAGCACCUUUAUAGGGUGAUCCAAGGCAAAGGUGGACAUGGUUCCUGUACUUUUAAUAGUUGCACAGAACAGAGAAUUUUGGUAUGUGCGGCUUUUAACAUUGGGAUUAAAUAGUAGCUGCACUUCCAGAAGUUUUCUUUUCUUCACAUCUUUAUGCAUGAAAACAUCAGUUUAAAGAACUGAGCAGAAGGACUCACAGGUGACAGCAGAAAGGGAAGAAUCAUAACUUGGUGGAGAGAAAAUGCUUUGCAUGCAAAAGGUCCCAGGCUCAAAACCUGGCAUCUGUAGUAGGGCUGGGAAAGAUUCCUGCCUGAAACUCAUAAUAGCUGCUUCCAGUCAGUGUCAGCGAUACCAAGCUGGAUGGAUCAGUAGCCUGACCUGAAAUUUCCUGUGUCUCUUUUAGUGCUAUUCCCUGACAUGUGUAUUGGUGCAACAGUUAAAAUGCUGUUGCACCAGAGCCACCUCAGCUCCCAGCUUCCAGCGUGCCAGGCAAAAGGCUCACUCACAUAAUUUUGACAUAAGUGGCAGUGGCUACUUAUAUAUAAAUGUAAGCAGCAAGAGUUUUCUUGGCAGGGAUACUGGAGUGGCUUGCCGGUUCCUGCUCCAGGUGGAUCACAUUUGGUCAAAACUCUCCACUAUGACCUGUCCAUCUUGGGUGGCGCUGCACGGCAUAGCUCAUAGCUUCUCCGAGUUAUUCAAGCCCCUUCGCCACAGCAAGGCAGUGAUCCAUGAAGGGAUGGACGAGAUGGUUGGACAGUGUUCUCGAAGCUACAAACAUGAGUCUGACCAAACUGCGGGAGGCAGUGGAAGACAGGAGUGCCUGGCGUGCUCUGGUCCAUGGGGUCACGAAGAGUCAGACACAACUAAACGACUAAACAGCAACAAGCACCAAGAACAGUCAGUCUCUCCCAUAGGCCCUUAGGCUUGUACAGUUGGACAUCUCUAAACCACUUGCCAAUAAGAGGAUGCAUGUUCAGGAGCAAUGACGCAAGCAACUGUUUGAAUUCUUGAGCUGAUCAUCCAAACUUAUUCAACAAAAACAACAACGUUGUGGUGUCCAUCCAUCCAUUUACCUCUUUUGCUGCAUUGUCUCCAAUAUCCAUUGCUCCUAAGCUGUCAGACUGCAUGGGUGGCUCUCAAACCACCAUUUGUGAGUUUCUGCAGCGGCUGUGUAUAAUAUUUAAAACAUUAGUAUAUAAAUAGCUUCCACCUCUUGGUUAGAUCUCCCAAACACUGGGAAUGUUGUGGUGUUGUUUAGUUUUUGAGCAUUAAUUUUCCUGCUUGGUCCCCCCUCCCCUUCAGCUUCACUUUCUCUUCAAAGGUGGUGAUGUUUUGAUCAAAACUCCACUGAGCAUCAAAACUCAUGUGUUUUACAGACUGUGCAACAGGAAACCCACCUCCUACAACCCCUCUGCUCUCCCCACUUCCUGUUCAAGUACAAUGCAUGUGGCAGAGAAAAGGCGUCACCGAAAUGCAGAAAUGUAAACAACUGUCAGAACUCAGAAAAUUAAAGGUCUUAUACUGUGUUGAUUUAAAGCGCAACACCGAUUCCAGCCAACACUGAUUUCCUGGUAGUGAUGGAAGCCAAGAGGAUGACCAUGAAAAUAUAAAUUGGAACUUAGGAAAUGCUGGAUUACUUUUUAAAUAUAUGUACAUCUGUAUCAAAAGAGUUCUUGGUUGCCAGCUAUGAGGUAGGAAGUGAUUCCAUUUCUUUAAAUGUAAAUAGCAAAAAAAAAAGAAUUCAUGUCCUAAGGGCUUGCUAACGUUUUGCCUUCCAGAUGCUAUAAACAAGUUGGGGUGGUUAAAAUAAGAUGUUUUCAUGCUGAAAUCCAAAGGGAUAUAUACAGUCAUGUGGGUAAUACUCAGGAUCUGAAAGAGUAAAUACAGAUCUGACUACUGGUUGGUCUGAGAUGAUAUGUUUUAUUUUUUAAAUCAACUGACUUUUAAACAUACAGCAAAAUGUGACUUUUAAAAUAGGAAUUUCUCAUGCAUUUAUUGGCUUUACUGUUUGUGGUGUUUUGCUUUUCCUUCCACUGGUGUUGCUUUUUUGGCUUUCGUUAUUCUAUUAUUCCUCCAAUAUUGGUGCUGUUUUAUAUUUUGCAUCUUGGGUUCCUGGAGCCACAUCCUGAGUUCAAAGUGUGUGAUUGCAUGGGUGCAUCUGUGUCAGUCACGGUGUUUACCUGCAAACUUCAUAAGCGACCAUUUUGAAAAGUAUGGUGUGCACACCCACAUAUAUUUUGCAUGCCAACUUAGACUGUGAUUUAUACUUACAGGCACCAUCUCAAAGGCACGGUGCAUAUAUGUUUAUUGUGUUCUGCAAUCAGUUCCUGAAUAUUGCUGAUAUCAAACCUGGCCAGUUGGUUGAUGCCACACCAGAUCAAACAUAUAUAUGUACACAUCUAACAUUGUUUUUAAAGAGGGGUUACUGUUGCAUUGCUUAGAGAUGGGUUUUGCUAAAAAGUUGUGGGAAAUGUUGCAAAGAGGGGCUACAGUUCCAUCUCUCAUCUGAUGUUGUCAAACGAAUUUAAAAAUAAUAAUCUGAAUAACACUGUACCUCUCCUGCCCCAGGGAGAUAGGUGUAAUUUUCCUUUUUAAUAUUUGUACAGGGGUCUGGGAGAAUCUUGAAUCUCUAGUUCAUCUGACUAUUUGCAUCUUUAUUUCUCCUUCCUGUUGGAAUCAAUUGCCUUCUCAUAUAGAUUAUGCUGCUACACUCUCCUUUGUUUAGAAGCUUCUAUAAAUUUACCCCUUAAUUUUGGCCAAGCCCUCCUGUCAGUGGCCUCUGCAUUCAGUAAUUGGCAACAACGUCCCUGUAUGUUAUCAUAUAAAAACUGUUUGAACUAUUCCUUCUGCUUCCUGUCAUAGUUUUGAAUUUUGAUUGUUAGACUGUAAACCUUAGAUCAGGCAUCCCCAACCUUCGGCCCUCCAGAUGUUUUGGACUACAAUUCCCAUCAUCCCUGACCACUGGUCCUGUUAGCUAGGGAUCAUGGGAGUUGUGGGCCAAAACAUCUGGAGGGCCGCAGGUUAGGAUGCCUGAGAUGAUGAAUUGUUUAUUUUUGGUAAAGCCAGUGUGGGGUAGUAGUUAGAAUGUUGGACCCUGGGCCGAUUAGCAUGCCAUCUGGGACAGGAAGUGAGGUUGAAAUCCUAUCUCCACUUGUUUGGGAGUAUGCCCCAUUCAACUUAAUAGAAUUUACUUCUGGGUAAACACAUAUAGGAUUGCACUGUGUGACUCGUUCAUUACUAAUACCACAGCCAAGCUGAGUACUGAUUAAUGGAAGAAGCCACAAAGAGGAAGCUUCUAAUUAAAAAACAGGACCCACGAAAAGUUUUGAUAGCAUGUUGCUUGUCUGUAUUAGACAGCCUGGCACUGCCACUGUAUUAAAUGGGCUGGGGCUCUCUUGGGUGGAACUCCUCAGAGCAGGCCUGAAAAAAGUUGGAAGGGCAACAGAAAAGAAUGAUGGAUUGCAACAGGCUGGCAACAGUGUCAUCUGAAUAAAAGGGAGUGAACAAAGGAUGGCAGUUCCAGAAUACAGUGGUACCUCGGGUUACAUACGCUUCAGGUUACAUACGCUUCAGGUUACAGACUCCGCUAACCCAGAAAUAGUGCUUCAGGUUAAGAACUUUGCUUCAGGAUGAGAACAGAAAUCGUGCUCCAGCGGCGUGGCAGCAGCGGGAGGCCCUAUUAGCUAAAGUGGUGCUUCAGGUUAAGAAGAGUUUCAGGUUAAGAACGGACCUCCAGAAUGAAUUAAGUACUUAACCCAAGGUACCACUGUAUUGCAAAUGGGUUACUGGCCUGUUUGCUUAUCUUCUUCUUCGGCGAUCACUCGUAGCCGAGUAAGAUUGUCUUCCAUGAACACAGUUUUAAUAAUGAGUCCGUGAGUGACUGUGGAGCCCAAUUCUGGAUCCACACGUCCUUCCACAGUGGGGACAUUGGUUUCCAGGCGGGAGUUGAUCACAGUGUGCAUUUGCCAAGUGAGCUUUCCUCUUAGCAUGUUUCUCCCUUGCAUCCUGAGUUCGAGUGUCUUCCAAGCCCAUGACACCUUUGGUAAAGGCUCUUCUCCAACUGGAGCACUCGCAGGCCAGUGUUUCCCAGCUGUCAGUGUGUAUUUUACAUUUUUUUAGAUUUGCCUUGAGACAAUCUUUAAACCUCUUUUGUUGACCACCAGCAUUACGCUUUCCAUUUUUAAGUUCGGAUUGCUUACGUGCUCUCUGGGUGCCCCAAGACAGGUGUUUAUAUUGGGAUGGGUACUGCUCAUGCAUAUUAUAUUUUUGCAGCAUCCAUCAAAAUGUCAGCCUGUAUUUUUUCAUUUAAUCUGUAUCUAUCUUUUCUGUGGAAAAUCCAUUGAAUUAAAAGGAAUAUGCUGCCAGUAACCCAUUUGCAAUACAGUGGUACCUCGGGUAAAGUACUUAAUUAGUUCUGGAGGUCCGUACUUAACCUGAAACUGUUCUUAACCUGAAGCACCACUUUAGCUAAUGGGGCCUCCUGCUGCUGCCGCGCUGCCGGAGCACGAUUUCUGUUCUCAACCUGAAGCAAAGUUCUUAAUCUGAAGCACUAUUUCUGGGUUAGUGGAGUCUGUAACCUGAAGCGUAUGUAACCUGAAGCGUAUGUAACCCGAGGUACCACUGUAUCCAGAUGCCCCUGUCCGGAAGCACUGUCUUUCCCACUCUUUUAAUAUUUCUUUGCCACAAGGGGGCAGACUUCGACCAGUUAACUGUUCCUAUUUCAACUCAGAAGGAAAGCUUACUGCCACUUGCAAGUAAAAAUCUGAUUUAAUUUUAUUAUAUUUCUAUGCCACUUUUCAUUGCAAUGAAUUCCAAAGCAUCUUACAAACAAUAAAUAAGAAUAACAUGAUUGAACAGGUAGCCAUGUUGGUAUCUGAAGAAGUGUGCAUGCACACGAAAGCUCAUACCAAUAACAAAACUUAGUUGGUCUCUAAGGUGCUACUGGAAGGAAUUUUUUAUGAUUUAACAUAGUAGAACAUCACACAUAGAGCAUAAAUCCUAUAGAAUAAUUAACAAAUCAUUGCAACCAUUAAUCUGUACAAUCUAUAAAACACUGUAAACAAAGCAUAGCUCAGUCGGUAGAGCAUGAGACUCUUAAUCUCAGAGUCCUGGGUUUGAUCCCCAUGUUGAGCAAACAAUUCACACAUUGCACGGGGUUGGACUAGAUGAUCCUUCUGGUUCCUUCCAACACUAUGAUUCUAUGAUCACAAUUAAAGCAAAAGUUACAUUACAUGAUUAACAAAUCAAUGAAUUAUUUAUAAUAUACAGUGGUACCGUGGGUUACAUACACUUCAGGUUACAUACGCUUCAGGUUACAGACUCCGCUAACCCAGAAAUAGUGCUUCAGGUUAAGAACUUUGCUUCAGGAUGAGAACAGAAAUUGUGCUCCGGCGGCAGCAGGAGGCCCCAUUAGCUAAAGUGGUGCUUCAGGUUAAGAACAGUUUCAGGUUAAGUACGGACCUCUGGAACGAAUUAAGUACUUAACCCGAGGUACCACUAUAUAAAACAACAUUAACAAAAUAGCAACCAAAAGAUAAACUAAGCACUGUUAAGUUCAUACACAUACUCUCCUCACCCCCAUGAUUCCUAACCUUUCACGCUAUUCAUUAAAAUACACAUUUUCAUAUGAUGUCCAUGGCAGCAACUCCCUUUUGAUGGUUUCCUGGGCUGAAGAUAGGGCAGUACAGGUGAACCAACCACCCCCUGACAGCAAGCAGUCUCUCUCUCCCCUCACAGUUUUUGUUAGACUGUGAGCUGGCAACUUAUCCAAGACCACCAUGCAGUCAAGCUGCAUGAGAGAGCUGGUAUUUGAAUUUGCACUUCCCAUAUCCAAGCCCAACAAUCCAGCAGCCUCUGCAACCUACACAGUGGCUCUCCUUUGACUUAUGUGAUUUUUAAUAGCCACCUGGUGCUGAUGUGUCACUUACCAGCAGAGCAAAGCAACUUUAGAGUAAAUCUGCACCUGUUCUCUGAGCAACAGAACAAAAUAGGGGACCUGUACAGUUAGCACUGAAAGACCAUGCAGGGGUGGGGAACCUGUGGGCAGACAUUGCUGGACUCCCACCAGGCCCACGCAGACUGGCCAACGAUUUGAGAUGAUGGGAGUUGUAAUCCAAGCACAUUUGUAGAGCCACAGAUUAGUUGUCACCUGGCAACAGCAUUAACAUUCUACCUUUUUAUGGUAUUCAAACCUCAUAAAGCUUCCUAGGCUGACUAAUUUCUUUUUUCUCAGUGACCAGAGACCAGACAGCACCCCACAUACUGCUGUUCACACCAUUCUGCAUUUCUGCCUUGGGAGCCGGGGGGGGGGUGAGGGUAAAGAUGAUGUAACCUUUUCCCCAGCCAUGCUCUCUAGUCUAGUGAAUAUGCUAAAGUCUCAGCAUCUGGACACACCUGGUGUGCAGUUUUCUCAGGACAGAUGCUUUUUUUCUCCUUGGGCUGUUUUCCUUAUUCCUUGACUCAGCACUUCUGUGAACUUGGCUAGGACCCUUCAGCUUAUAGUCAGAGACAGACAUUUGAUCCUGCUAAUGGCUUCUGAAGUCUGAGACAUUUUAUGUGUUUUGCCACCAAACUCUCUGAGAUGUGUUGGGAGUAAAAGUACACAGUCAUAUUCCUGGUAAAUUAGAAAAACGCAGCUUAGUUUCUGAGUCACAGCCCCAUGUCUAAUCAAACAAGCAUGUGGACCCACAGCUUUGACAGAAAGCCCCAAGCCUGGACUGCCGAGAACCACUAGAGAUUUUUAGUAAUUGUAUCACGUCUGAUGGGUGACUCAGAAGAUUUGGUUGCCCUGUCUUUUCCCUCUCUCUUCUUCUGCCAAGAACUUUGGGAUUUGGAGGUUACAAUGAAUGAAAUCAUCUGGUUGGGAAGAGGUUCUGGUUCUUUUAUCUUCUUUUACUUGAUGAGAUGGCAAAAUAAUGGCUGCAGUAAUGUGCGAACUAGCGUUGCAGAAUAUAUUUGGAAGGCAAAAGAGCUGAAUGGGUGACCUCCGUGUAUCAAGGGGAAAUAAUAUUGUUGAUGAUUAAACAGUGUACACUUGUGUGCAAUCCACACUAAUGCAGACUGGACCUUGAUGUCUAAUUAAGGCUGAUACAGCAAAAACAGCUUUGGUGAAUUCACUGAAUCCACACCGGGUAUUCCAGAAGGGCAGGGGUGCAAAACCAUUGCACAACUCCACAUGUUGUUUAAUCACAGCUCCCAUCAUCCCUGGCCAUUAGCCAUCCUGGUUGGGGCUGAAGGGAGAUGGAGUCCAACAAGAUCAGGAGAGCCACAGGUUCCUCAUCCCUUCAGGAAAGUAUGCAGUCAACAACCAUAGAUGUGGCAAGUAUUAAGGCUCUUUACAUUAUCAGAUUAAAAUGCAUCUAGAUCGUGGGUUUUUUUCAAUUUAGAUCAAAGCUGGUUGGGGGAAAUGCAUCAAAAAUAGUAUUUAAUUUUUAAAAAACUAGGAUGGAUACAGGAUAUGUGUGGAUUAUGGCUAACACCAUGUACACCGCUUCCCAAACCAGCAGUAGGAAUGGACUGGAUAUGCAGUAACUGGAAGUAUGUACAGAGCUGUAGAUUCUUGAGUCCAUAUCAUCUGGUCCUCCUCAGACUUACAAUGCCUAUGAUCUGAAGUGUAAAUAUGAUACUGUGGUACCUCGGUUUAUGAACUUAAUCUGCUCCAGAAGUCCGUUCUUAAACCAAAGCCAUUCUUAAACCAAGGUGCGCUUUCCCUAAUGACGCCUCCCGCCGCCGGUGCCCUUCCACCAUUCAGCUUCUGUUUGUAAAUCGAGGUAAAGUUCGCUAACCGGAACACUACUUCUGGUUUUUGCAGAGUUCAUAUACCGAAGAGUUUGUAAACAGGGCUGUUCUUAAACCGAGGCACCACUGUACUGGAAACCUCAGCAUCAUUAAAAUGCAUAGCACUUUAGCUGGCUACUGAAAAAACACGAGUUGAGCACAGGAGAUCUGAUUUACUGGCAACUAAAAGACUCAAGCUUGGAAAGGGAAAUUAGCAACCCAGAUUAGAUAGAAUAAAAGUCUAAGAAACCUUCAUUGAAACUGUACAUGGAUACCCCAGACCAGAGAAGCCCCAUGUCUCCACUGUGCUACCCUGUGGAUCCCAUCCUGUGCCCACAAGUAAUGGCGUAUUUGCAACUGAUGAGCACUUACAAAGACAAGCGAAUACAAUCCUUCUGUAUGGUGUAUCCCAUUAUAGCAAACUGUGCAUGCACAAACUCAAAGAAUACAUUAGGCAUUGUUUUCUAAAUGCAAAGAAGCAACUACAUUUAAGCUAGAGUUCUGAAAGGCGGGAAGGAUGGUAACCUCUGCAUAAUCAUGGUUUAGGUGAGAGCCAGAGAGCCUAGCUGGCUACACUGCAAUCCUCUGUUGUAUGCAUUUCUGAAAGCUUUGCAAAGAGAAAGGUGUUGCAAGGUUACACCAAUGACAGCUUUGCUCCCUGCGACCUGCAUUGACAUCUAUCUCUUUUCCCCAAAAGGGGCCGCUUAUCUUCGCACUUUACCACAUUAGGGUUUCUCACAAUAAUCUUCGACAAAGCAACUACAAAGCCUUCAGGAAACCACAGGAAGGGUGGUGAAUUGCAGGGUGUGUGUUCUGAGUUGUGUAGGGGGAGGGUGUUCUUCCCAGUUGGCACAUCAUGAGGUUCUUCUACUUAUACACUAAAAGAGUGGAGAUUUUGUGAAGUUUAAUUCCUUACACACUAGUUGUUUAGUCUGAAAUGGGUGUCCUUUGUUCACUUGGUUUUUACAGAUAACCCGGAUGAUGUCAUUGUUGAAAACAAGUUAAAUUUCAGUAUAGUUGAGGGUUUAGGGGACUAGUACCCCUUUAAUUAGUAGCUUCUACUUUGUCCCUUUAUUAUAAAGUGGUUAAUUAGUUGUUUCCUGUUCACUCACCUGUGGUCACUCCAUUCAUAAAUUGCCUUUAAUUAGUUCAGUUCUUGAAGGUUAUAUGUGUUUAGAAGAGGGGGGGGGUCUUUGCAGCCAAACCAUUUCCCCCCUUUUUUUUCAAUUAGAGCAAUUUUUGCAAUGGCAAUAUAAAAUAUAACAUAAGUUAAUGAGUUAAGUAUUUUGGUUCCAAAUAGGAAACCUGUAAUAAACCCCCCCAAUCCCACAGGGUACUUGGGGGACCCUCUAGAUGUAUGUCUCCUGAGGGAGACUGCUGGCCCAGUUUAUAGCAGAUCUGCUCAUUGUUCAUCUGCAAUAUUUAGUUAGAUUGCAGAUGAACAAUGAGCAGAUCUGCUAUAAACUGGGCCAGACCAGAACCAGUGCAAAAGAGGUUGUUGUGGGACAGCUGUCUGGUGAUAUUGGGCCAGAAAAUUUGUGUAUAAGAGAAAAUUUGCAUCCUUGGCCAGGACCAGACUUCAUGGGGUCCUUGAAACAAUGCUGCCAGUGCCACACUCCUCCCCUCUUUCUGGCCAACAGAUUUAUGAAAUGCAGACUUGGACUCUCAUUCCAAAGUGGCACCACUGCCCAUGCACUGCUAAAACAUCACCCCUUGGCCAGGUGAAAGAGUGCUGAGUGGCAGCACAUCUGUAGUGGCCAGUGAGGGGCCCAUCUGAUCUCCUAGGGACAUUGGCCAAUGCCUGACUUGGUCUUCCAUUGGAACUGGACCUGUUGUUGGCUGUGCUGCUGUGCUUCUGCAACGUUUUGAGGGGCUCUGCAACAUGUGCACCGUUGGCUCCUUUGAAGUAAGGAGACAGAAGCAGAGCAUCGAAUGUGCUAUUUUAAAACAUGGCUUUGGAAAUGGGUUUGAUGUUUAAACACCCACAUCUUAAGGUGAAUGUUUUAAAAUGUGCGUUUCUUGCUUCUCUUCAUGUUUGCUGCAUAUGGGACAAGGAGCCUUGCGCUGAGUCGGAACAAUUGCCCGCCUACUCUGCCUGGCAACAUGUCUUCUUUUCCAGCCUUGCUUCCUGUGACCCUUCCACAGGAGAUGGUGGAGCUUUUGUCAUGAAAUGCAUGUGUUUUUCUACUCAUAAAUACCCUCUUCUUUGUAACAAAGCCCUGAAGCGGGGUGAGAAAGUCUCAACAAACAAGGGUUGUUAGAUGGCCCACAACAGGCUACUGGAGGCAUCCCAGUCCAUAGGACAGAGCUUCUUGGGAGUUAAAAAUUGUGGUUCUCUUGAGCCUUCUGUGACUUGGCUGCAAAACCCUCUGUGUAUAUACCAUACCCUUAAAGCACAUUUGAAGUGAUGCAUGACUUCCCCCUCAAAGAAUCUUGGGGAAUGUAGUUAGUUAGGGGGUUGAAUUGUAGCUCUAUAAGAGCUAUAUAUAAGAGCUAUAUAUAUAAGAGCUAUAAACUACAGUUCCCAGCAUUCUUUGGUGUAAGCCAUGUCCUUUAAAUGUAUGGCAUAUACGCAGCCAGAUGCUCUGAAUAAACAUGGGCAAGGGGCCUGGCAGCGCUUUGUCUGUCUCACUUCCCCAAAAUGCAGAAUGAGGUCAGAAGCAUUUGCAAAUGGAGGGAAAGUAUUCAGUAUAGUUAAGUACAACAAAGAUACAUGUGGAGGUGGGCUGGAAGGGAGAGCCAAGAAUAAAUGCAACCGAAAGAUAUCUGCUUAUUUGCUGGGUGGGAAAGGUUGUCAUACAUAGACAGCAGGGAAAGGAUGCAGGGAGACAAGUAAUGGGCAAAGAUAGGGAACCAUCAGCCACAUCUGUUGGGGACACACCACUGGUUCUGUGCAGCUGAUCUCCCACCCUUUUUGGAGCUGUACAGUUAGCUGAGAGAGACCGAAAAAUAGUUGCCGAUAAAGCCUCACGAAGCCUUGCUGUCAAGACACCCUGUGGGACAUCCCUGGGGAUCUGCACCAGCUGGGAGACACUGAUAGGCUUCACUGCCUGCUGUCUGUUCACCCUCACUACUCUGGGGACAGCCGACAUAUAUAAUCUCCCUUCCUUCCCCCUUCCCUCCUUCGCAUUGCCUGCUCUUCCUCUCUGGGUCUAUAUUUGUCUCCUUAGACCCUGUCAGCUGGUCCCUGUAGACUUGUCUGCAGACUUGUCUCUGCUCUGCUGAAUUUGCCUGGCUACCCCCAGCUCCGCUGCCUAUUGUUGUUUUUUAACUGACCCCUUUCGGUAGGUGCUCCAAAAAGCCAGUAGCUUGUGCAGAGAAGUAUUCUCAGAAGCGUCAUACCGCUGUUUAUUAAAUAAAAAGCAAUGCUGCCAUUAAAGCUAGGCAAAAGCAUUUCCUCCUAACAACUGGAGAAGUAAGAAGGAGGCAUGGGAGUAGGUGAUUAAAACAUAUUCUCUCUGAGUGUCAUAAACAUUCUGGAGUAACUUCAAGCAUGGAGGGUUUGCUGCAGAAUACCAAAAAGGGGGCCCUCCUUCUUGGUUUAAAUUCUGUGUGUGAGUUCUCCGACAAGCCUGGCACUUCCCUGAAGCAAUAUUCUGCAUAUGUGAGCUCCUCAGUGCUAUUCUUCUAGAAAAAUAGGUGCUGGAAUUCACCAUGUACACCUCCCUCAUUCUCUUAGAAUGGCAAUGGUGCCCACCUGAGAGGUGCCAGAACUGUGUUCCAGUGAGUUCUGGCUGGGGAAAAAAGCCCUGGGGGCUCCUCUGGAUGGUUUGUUUAUUUGGCAUUCAUUCUUAUUUGCAUGCCCAAAGUUUACAAGGUGGUUAGACCAAGUCCCCUCUUUAUUGAGCUGGCGGUCUGACUGGUUUACAGGGCAGUUACACAGCAACAAGCAUCCAUCCUGAUUUGCCUGCAGGAUGUCUUCCCGUUCGUCAUUCAUUCAGUCCAUCACUUUUCAGUGCAUUUCCCUGUCACUUGCCUAAUCGCAAAAAAUACCUGGUUUUUAAAAAGUGGAUUUGUUGUGCUACAGCAACAGCGUGUUUUAAUCCGCUCUAGGUACUGUAUGUAGUCCUAAAGUUCUGGCAUGCACUUGAACCCUUCCUUCCAAAACUCACACCACAGACAGAACUUCAUAUCGCCUCAUUUCACCAGGCUAUUUAAAGAGCCACCUGCACCUAUACGGACCUGUCUCUGAUCAUGGGCAUGCCAUUGUGACCUGUCAGAUUGGUGAGCAGGGUUUUUCAGUGGUGGCUACAUAUUUGUGGAAUUCCCUCCCCAAGUACACAUGACCCCUAUUUUAUUGGCUUUUAAAUGGACCUGGAAGGUGUUUAUAUUUCAAAUUGUUUUUAAUUACUAUGUGUGGGGCUCUGAAUUGUUUUAAACUGCUUUUUUAAAACACUAGAAGGUGAUGGUGGUAAUUAUUGUUAAUAUUACUAUUUUUAUUAUUAGUCUGAAUUAAUUAGCCAUAUGGUACAUUUUGUAGUAUUUGUUUUAUGUUUUAUAUUGGUGUGAGCUUCUUUGGGUGGGUGGGGGCCUUGCCUAUAUAAAUCCUGAAAUAAAUAGAGAAAUACUGCUUCCUCAUGGAGCCAGAUGCAUCAUCAAAUUCAGAGAAAGCAAGUGAUGUACAUGCAUGUGCGAACAAGCCCUCUGGUACUGCCCCUCUGAAAGCGUUUUUUCUCCAGUUAAAGUACUGCUGUUAGGAUCACACAAUUGCAUGGGUAUGGGUAGAAGUUGAGGUGUAUGACAUCAACAAUGUCACAGGUGCUGUCCAAUAAGAGCCUGCAGUGCUUAUGCAAUGCAUUCCAGAGAGCACUUCAAAUCCUAGUGACCAGUGCUAGAUGGAGAAGGAAUCACAUUUCCCUGCUAACAAUAUAUUUGCAGCUUUCUGGAAAAAUGUCCCUCACAUAGAACUCCUUCCUUAAGAGAAAACAUCUUGACUUUCUUGAGUAACUGAUGAGCCAUACAUUUUUUAAUCUAUAAACCUAUCCUCUGGAAAGGUUAGAAAAACAAGAAAUUAUCAAGCUAAACAAGAGCUUCAAACAGUAAAUUUAAAUUCAAUGGGGGCAAAUAUAAAGCAUUAUCUGGGGAAUGAGGUCUGGGGUGGAUAAAUAAUGCAUCCCUGCCAAAACAGAUUAAGAUUAUAGUGGAUAACAUAUUGAAUGCUAAUACACCUUGAGAUGCUGUGGCUCAGGAGUCCUAUGAGACCUUUAUUUUUUUACGUACAUAUUUAUGUGGUACUCUUUAAAAGGGUUUGCAGAGCAGGUAACAACUACACAUUAUCAGUUUAAAACAGCAAAUUAUCACAUUAAAACCUAUAACAUUAGCAGCAGUAGGAGUUGUUUAAAGAGCUUGAAAUUCACACUAGUAAGUUAAAAAUGUACAUCAGAACACCUUAAAUGGCCAGAGCAAAUAAAAAGGUCUUUACCUGGCACUAAAAAGAUGACAAACUUGAAUCCAGGUCUUUUGGAGGGGAGGGCAUUCCAAAGACAGGAAAGACUAUGCAAAAGAGGUAAUUGCUCUCAAAAAUGCCAGUUAAGAAGAUUUAUUACAGCUCAACAUAUUUUGGAACACAAAAGGAGCAAUAUGCAAAUAAUUAAAAAUAUAGAAGUAUUCUAAAUACAAUUGUAUAUAUUUUUGUUUGUAUUACUAUUAUCAUUCUUCAUUAAUUCAUGAAUUUUUUUUACGUGUGUCUCAAGGUAGUUUUUAAGUGAAUACAAAGAACAACCAAAGAUAGGUUGAAAAACAAUUCAAAUUACUGCCUAAGGCAGGUGUGAAUAAGGAAAUAGUUGACUUAUAUAAUUUUAACUUUUUGUAGAUUGCUUCUGAAGAAAGAAUUUGCAUUCCAAAACAUGUUGAUCUGUAAGAUAAAUCUUCUUAGUUGGCACUUUCCAGAACAGUUGUCUUAUAUUUUGCAUUCUGUCUGGUUUCUGUGCUGCUUUCCCAGCUUUUUGCAUUCAGAAGACCAGGCAACACCAUGUAUCUUGGAUCAUGACUUGUCUUACUUCAGAAGGCUGGUGGAUCCAAAGAGCUCUUAGGGUCUUGGCUAUUUAGAUUGUAAUAACAUGGGCAUUGUUUUGAGUUCCCCAUGGUUUUGGCAGAAUGGCCAUAGCUCUAUCAUAGAGCACCUCUUUUCAUGCAGAAUGUCCCAGGCUCAAUCACCAGUGGCUCAUCUUGUCCAGCAUUCUAUUCUCACACUGGCCAACCAGAUGCUAAUGGGAAGGUUGAAAGCAGGAUCUGAGCACAACAGCGCUCUCCUCCCUUGAAGACCCUCCAGGUGUCUCUAUUUUCCGAUGGCCUUCCCAGAUUUACAGAAGCUGUCCCAGUUUCUGAUUUGAUACCAGAAUGUCCUGAUUUUCCUUAGGACAUCCCUAUUUUAAUCAGAGAAAUGUUGGGGGGUAUGCACUUGUAAUUCCCAGUAACUAGCAUUCAGAGGCAUACUACCUCUGACAUGGGCAGCAGAACACUGCCAUUAUGGCUAGUAGCCAUUGAAAGCCUUAUCCUCCAUGAAUUUGUCUGAUCCUCUCUUUGAAGCCAUCCAAGUUGGUGACCAUCACAACUUCUUGUUAAAGUGAAUUCCAGAAUUUGACUAUGCAAUAUUAAAUAUUUGCCCAUAUUUGGGGAAAGCACCUGUUCCACAGUCCAUAUUUAAAUGGGAUUGGCUAUUUUGUCCACCCUCCAUUUUCUCUGCUCUGGCAACACAUAUCCUCCAACAUUUCUUCAAUGAAAAUAGGGACGUCCCAUUCCAUAACGAUGAUUUUACUAUUUAUACACCACACAACUUGUCUGGAGCAACCCUGUAAGAUAUUCCAACAUAUAUGAAAAACAUAAUAAAACAUUAAACAUUUAAAAAACCUUCCCUAUACAGGAUUGCCUUCUGAUGGCUUGGGGGUUGGAUAAUUCCAUACCCUCCAACAUUUCUCCAAUGAAAAUAGAGACAUCCUAAGGAAAAACAGGACAUUCUGGGAUCAAAUCAGAAACCGGGAUGGCUUCUCUAAAUCAGGGACGUCCCUACAAAAUGGGGUCAUCUGGCAACAGAUGUCUAAGAUAGCUUCCACCUGUAAAAAAACAGGCAAGGGGCCAUCUUUUUUGCAGGGGGUGAGCAGGUUGCAAGAGGCUGCAGUUCAUGCUUCACCUGUGAACAACUGUCACUGCUCACAGGCCUGGUUUCUUUUCCUCUUUGAUAGGAGCAGGGUCUUCUCAUCUGGCACUGACAGUUGAUUGGGUUUGAUGAUAUAAUCAUAAACAAAAAUUCACAUUGGGGGAAAGAACCAAACACCUGUUCCAUUUGAGACAAUGGGCUUACUUCUGAUGAAGCGAAUGCCGGUGAAUACCCAAGAAAAACCACAGCUGACACAGGGGAUGGAAAUUAGCCACCCAUAGUCUUUCAGAGGUGGGAAGUCAGAAGGCGGGAACCCCUGCAGAUAAAUUGGUGUUGCAGGUGGAGCCAUGGCACAGGUGGCCUAUACUAAGGACGGUGAAAGCAUCUGCCAGAAGGAAGACAAAGGGCCAAACUACAGAGUUUCAUGCAAAAUGAUUCCCAACAGUAUUACUGGUCGGGUGGUACAGGUGGGCAGUUGUAACAUGAUGGCAGUGACAUAUCUCCUGUGAUGCUGUCACAAACAUGGGGAAGGGCAGUACUGUGGCAGAGCUGUUAGAAAGUCCCAGGUUCAGACUUCAGGAAGGACUGCGAAAAACUACUACCCAAAACUCCCUAUCAAAUGCUGAACUAGGUGGGCCUAUGGUCUGACUCAAAAUUAAGGCCUAUAUUCCCAUCAGGCAAAGAAACUCGUAGCCAGGUUUCUCCAUCAUCCUUACUCUUCCAGGUUCAUUGCCACCAUUUUCUAGCAUCCCUCUUUCACCUCUUUCAACUCCUAGCCUGGCUGUGCAUGAAACCAGACUGGAAAUGCAGUUGGAUUAAAAGAGCCUUUCGUAACCUGAUGCCCACCUGGACUACAAUUCCCAUCAGUUGUGUUCACUGGGGCUGAGACUGGAUAGCAGUCCAAAAUAUCUGGAAGGCAUCAGAUUUGGAAAGGCUGACCUCAGAGCGGUGAUACAAGAUGACAGAAGCAGAUGUUCUGAAAAGUCUUUUUUGGGAACAUAGUGACUAUGCUGAAAGUUUGGGAUAUAAAUUUUAAAAGUAAGUAAUAUGCUUGUUUGAAAACGCCUUGAAAUAUCCCAGACUUUCAACACAGUCACAAUGUUCCCAAGGUAUCUAACAGUAUGGAUAUAAGUCAAAAUUUAACAUAAAAAGACAAAAUAUAGAAAACUAAAGUUACAGCUAAAACAGUAACAGACCAUUCAGCUUUUUAAAAAAAAUCAAAACUAUCUCCAGUUUCAUUCUCAUAUAUAUAUAUAUAUAUUAUUAACAGCCUUUAAAACUCUAGACUGGCCUCUAAACUAUAGUACUAUAGGUACCAAAUGGUGCUCCCUUACAAAGUUAUCCAAGUACAAGGGGCCACCCUCUCUUUAUUCUCUCUCUCUCUCUGGUCACCACAUGUCAUAUGUACUUCAGAUGGCUGAGGUACCUGAAGAAAGGCCUCAGACCACAAUUUCAGAGACAGGUGCAGUUGCAUGGGAGAAGGCAGUCCAACAAGCAUCUGGCCUCUAAAAACAGCACUUUGAAUUAAGCUCAGCAACAUGCUGGGAGCCAAUGUACUUGUUUCAAUAGAGGCCACAUAUGAUUUCACUACAUCUUGCCUGUAUCAAGCAACUAUGCUGAUCCUGUUUCCCCUUCCGCUGCUGCUCCCGUUGUAGCAAUGAAUACUAUAUGGACUGAGUCUGCAGGAGUUAGAUGCCCACUGGCAGUUACAUGACAUCAGCAGCAUCCUGGGACAUACUAUUGCUACACCUCAUACUAUUUUAAAAGCUUGCUAUUUUUCAGCACCAAUCCAUCAGGAGAACUCAGCUAGUCCUUGUAAAACAGAUGUUGUUGGACUCCAACUCCCAUCAGCCGUGGCCCGCUGUAGUCCAGUAACAUCUGGAGGACCACAAGCUCCUCAUUCUGUUUUUCAUGUGAAGUAAACAAACAAACAAAGCAUAAAUCAGCUAGAUCUACCAUCAUCCAUCUGGAGUGGCCUUUUCUGUUUUUAUUUGAAUUUCCUUUGAACACUUUCCCCCCCUAGGCUGUGUACUCUUGUUCUGCAGCCUCAGAGUCUACACAAACCUUUUAAAGUGGGGGAAAUGGCUACUGCCACAUCAUGUCCUUCUCAAGGUUGCUAAGCGGAGCCACACCAUACAUUAAAAUGUAUAUUAAAAAUUGUCCAGUAGCACCUUAGAGACCAAUCAAGUUUGUUCUUGGUAUAAGCUUUCGUGUGCAUGCACACUUCUUCAGAUACACUGAAACAGAAGUCACCAGACCCUUAUAUAUAGUGGGAGGGUGGGGUGGGUUUUUUCCCAGGAGGGUAGUAGGAGAUGCGUGAUACUCAAUGGGUAUGGUAAACCUGUUGAUGACUGUUAAAGACUGCAAUUAGUCCUACAGGGAAAAGUCCUACAAGGGAUAGUAUGCAGAUGAUUAGCAAAUGUAAUGAGACAGGAAUUCAAUAUCUCUAUUAGACCAAGUCUGUCCAUAGUUUUCAGUUUAGUGAUAAGUUGUAAUUCAGCAGUUAAAAGAACACCCAAUGCAAAGAAUCCUGGGAACUAUAGUUUGUUAAAGAUGCUCUGAAUUGUAACUCUGUGAGGGGGAACUACAGUUCCCAGGAUUUGUUGGGAGGAAUCCUAUGCUUUAAAUGUGAGUUGAACGUGCUUUAUAUGCAAAUAAAGCAGCUAUCCCCACCCAAAAGCAAAGCCCUCUGUAUCUACUUAUGGGGACAUUUAGUGCUACAUUGUAGGAGUCUCAGAUGCAGAGCGGAGCAGCCUCUUCUAAAGAGUUAACAGAGCUUGGAGAACAUUUGCCAAGGUUUUGAAAUCUGAUUUUCUUUCUGCAAUAGAAAUUAAUCAACUUCCUAUCUGAGAGCAGAAGUAGAAGUUGUUGCAGGAGGGCAAUGGGUAAGGUGCUUUGCAUGCUGCAUGUAACGUAGAUAAGCAAAAUCAGCUUUCAUCAAAACCACUACCUUUAAGCUAAAUGGGGAAAGGAUCAGGGCCAUGCCCAUUACUGUUCUGCACAGAUGGAGCACAACAUUUUCUGGAUUUGCUUUCCCAGUCCUUUGUCCACCCAGUCAGGACAGAGCUGUGCAUAGUCUAUUCCUUAGUCAUUGCAGUGUUGUCAUUCAUUAAAAGAGCAAGAGUUACUUCAGCCUUCCUGCUCCAAAGUAGAUUUGCUUACAUAUCCACAGCUAAUGUCAUAACAGUGUGGUGUUCAGUAUACAUUUGAGACAUAUUUCAAAUCUUCUGUGCUGUGGUGGAGACUCCUAUCUUGGUUUCACUUGCUCUUGCUUUUUAGUGUGGAACAGUAGGCAUUUUCACAUCAGCCUCUACCAGCCACAUGGCUAUGAAGAUAAUAUUAUAGUAAAGUGCUGCAGAAACCGUAGCUUCAUGCAUCUUGUGGCACUAAGGUGGCAUCAGGAUUUAGGACUGAAGCUGUGGUUUCAUAUGAAUAAAGGCAAAUGGAAAACUGAAUGCCAAACCUUGCUUCUGAGCUGUUCUUUUGCUUUACCACAGUACAGUGGUGCCCCGCAAGACGAAUGCCUCGCAAGACGGAAAACCCGCUAGACGAAAGGGUUUUCCGUUUUGGAGGUGCUUCGCAAAACGAAUUUCCUAUGUGCUUGCUUCGCAAGACGAAAAUGUCUUGCGAGUUCCUGCGGGGUUUUUUUCCUCCCCCCCCCCCUUUUCCCAAGCCGCUAAACCGCUUAUCAGCUGAUGGCUAAGCCGCUUAACAGCUGAUGGCUAAGCCACUUAUCAGCUGAUCGUUAAGCCGCUUAUCAGCUGAUCUUUAAGCCGCUUAACAUCCGAUCUUUAAGCCGCUUAUCAGCUGAUCUGCUAAGCCCGCUAAGCCGCUAAUACUGUAGCGCUAAUCUGCUAAAUCGCUAAUGGGCUUGCUUCGCAAGACGAAAAAAUCCGCAAGACGAAGAGACUUGCGGAACGGAUUCUUUUCGUCUUGCGAGGCACCACUGUACUUUCCCUGCUUAUAUCUUCAGUGAAGUGCCAUCUUCCAUGAAGAAAUCAUAUGCAGUGGUGAUAUAUAUAUGUAAAACACUGAAUGGGCGAAAGUUACCCUGACAUCCACAGGGGUCCUUCCCCUGCUGAAAGUAGACUUGAAAGAAGCAUUUUGUUGUAACCAUUGUAAUGGGUCGUGGUGUGUGCAUGGCUGCAAUGUGUGCUUGGCCCCCACAAUAGCUAUCUGGUUUGCAAAUUUGCCCACAGGCCCUAAAAUGUUGGCAACUCCUGCUUAUCGUCAUAUCAACCUUAGGAGCAUCAUAGUGAUAAUGCAUGAUGACCCUUCCCAAGAGCUGUCUCCUAAAGAGGAAGUACCGCAUUCUCUGUGAUAGGUAGAGGCAUUUGGACAUGGGGCCUUUCUCUUGGAAACACUUGCAUAAACAAAUAGUUCAAGGUGGAGACAAUCCCUUAUCUUAAAAAAAGAGCCUGUGGAAUCCUGUCUCAGUAUGAUUCCACAGGGAAAAAGCCACAUUAAAGGGUCUCCCACUACCCUCCAGCACUGAAGAAACUAUUUGUGUGCACAUGGAAUCACUGUUAAUACUCAUUAGCCUUUAAGCAUAAAAACUGAUGAAGCCUUAAGCAAUCCUAAUUAUUUUGUUUUAUUUAAGGCAUUUAUGUACAGUAUGUACCACCCUGCAAAAUAGUUAUUCCAAGGCAUCCCCCGAUUUGGGAGAAAUUCCUUCUGUCUUCAGGAUUUGCAAACUCCUGUCAUUAACACCCUGACGCAAAGGGUGCUCUGCAGUAUGUCCACGAAUUUUGGGUUUCUAAUGAAACAAAAAAAUUUUGAAUCUGCAAAUAAAACUGGAAAGUUCCUGGCGUGGCAGUUGAGAAAAAGAAGAAAACAAAAUCUUAUUAAUAAAAUAAAAGUAGAAGAACAAAUCUUGGAAGACCCUAAUGAAAUAAAAAAGAGCUUCCUUAAAUUCUAUGAAAACCUAUAUAAAAGAGAAGAAGAAGAUGAAAUAGAAAUGGGAAAAUAUCUAGAAGAAAACAGAAUCAACAGUAUAUCGGAAGAGGAAAGAAAUUUAUUAAAUAAACCCAUAAAAACAGAGGAAAUUCAAGAGGCGAUAAAGAGGAUGAAACUGGGGAAAGCCCCAGGCCCAGAUGGAUUGUCAGCCAAGUAUUAUAAAGUCCUAGAAGAACUUAUUACACCAGUGCUAUGUGAAGUAAUGAAUGAGAUUUUAAGAGAAGGAAGAACACCAGCGUCAUGGAAAGAGGCAUACAUUACGCUGAUACCGAAACCUGACUCGGAUAGGCUAAAUAUUAAGAAUUACAGACCGAUUUCACUAUUGAAUAAUGACUAUAAGAUCUAUGCAGAUAUAAUGGCGACUCGACUUUAAAAUGCCUAGUUAAUCUUAUCCAUACCGACCAGGCUGGUUUUUUACCCAAUAGGCAAAUAAAAGACAACAUAAGACAUACAAUAAAUAUCAUUGAGUACUUAGAAUGCAAAAACGAAAUCCCUGCAGCUUUACUGUUUAUUGAUGCCGAAAAGGCAUUCGAUAACGUAUCCUGGCGUUUUCCUAUAAAAUGUUUGGAAAUGACAGGGAUAGAGGGCACAUUCCUGGAAGGAAUAAAAGCAAUUUACUCACAACAAAGUGCUAAAUUAAUUAUUAAUAAUAACUUAACAGAACCCUUUGAAAUCUCGAAGGGUAUUAGGCAGGGGUGCCCUCUGUCACCUCUUCUGUUUAUUAUGAUGUUAGAGAUAAUUACAAAUAAGAUAAGAAAAACUUCAGAGAUACGCGGAAUAAAAAUAGGAGUGAAAGAAUACAAAUUGAAAGCUUAUGCUGACGACCUUAUGUUGUCUUUGGAGGAUCCAGAAGAGAGUGUCAGUAAGGUGUUAGAUCUGUUAGAAGAAUUCGGAAAACUAUCCGGUUUUAAAUUAAACAGAACAAAAACUAAAAUGUUGAUUAAAAAUGUAGAAGAGAAGGUAAAAAACCACCUUGAAUCUCAGACUGGAAUUAAAAUAACCAAAAAAGUAAAAUACCUUGGAAUCUGGUUAACGACAAAGAACAUUAAUUUGAUGGAAGAUAAUUAUACAACCGCAUGGAAAGAAAUAAGGAAGGACUUAGAUACCUGGAAUAGAAUAAAGCUAUCCUGGUCGGGGAGAAUGGCAGCAAUAAAAAUGAGUCUAUUACUGAAACUGCUAUUCUUAUUUCAGAAUAUACCAAUAAUCAGGGGAACAUCAAUAUUCAAGGACUGGCAGAAAAUACUUUCUAAAUUCAUCUGGCAAGGAAAAAGGCCGAGAAUUAGAUUCAAAUUACUCACAGACCAAAGAGAUAGAGGAGGAUUUGCAGUCCCAAAUUUAAAGUUAUAUUAUGAAGCCUCAUGCCUCUGUUGGGUCAAGGAUUGGAUUAUUAUAAAAAUAAAGAUCUGCUAGAUUUAGAAGGAUUUGAUUUAAGAUUCGGUUGGCACGCUUACCUAUGGCGUAAUAAGGGAAAGAUCCAUAAAGGAUUUUCUAACCAUAUCUUCAGAGGGCCAUUACUGGAGGUGUGGGAAAGAAAUAAAAAUUAUUGGAACAGAAUACCCCUUGGUGGCUUUCGCCAAUCGAUAUCCUGACAAUAAAAAAACAAAUAUCGAAGGAGAAAGAUGGACCUACGAAGAUUUAUUAGUAAAAACAGAGACCGGUUGGAGGAUUAGGCCAUAUGAAGAAAUAAAGAACAAAUUGACAGGUUGGAUCCAAUUUCAUCAAAUCAACCCUAUCUGGACCGAGGAUUAAAAAAAUGGGAUAAGUGAGAAAAAAUCUAGAUUCCAGAUUGAAAUAUUAGAAAGUAAAACAAAACUCCUAUCGAAAAUGUAUAGCCUGUUGCUCGAAUGGGACACCAAAGAUGAAGAAGUAAAGGAGGUAAUGGUGAGAUGGGCAAUGGACUUUGGGUAUAACAUAGAGUUUGAUAAAUGGCAGGCACUAUGGAAUAAAGGUAUGAGAUUCUCGGCAUGCACAACACUCAGGGAAAAUAUGUACAAAAUGAUGUACAGGUGGUACGUAACGCCCGUAAAACUGGAAAAAAUAUAUAAAACUGGUGAUAAAUUAUGCUAGAAGUGCAAGAUUAAGGAGGGCGAUUUUUAUCAUAUGUGGUGGUUGUGCGAGCCUAUUAGAAAAUUUUGGGAAUCUAUUUACAAUGAACUAAAAAAAAAUCUUUAAAUAUACCUUUAUAAAAAGACCUGAAGCCUUUUUGCUGGGGAUAAUUGGAGAGGACAUCAAACACGAAGAUCAAUCCCUCUUUCAGUACGCGACAGUGGCCGCCAGAACUCUAAUAGCGCAGAAUUGGAAGACACCAAGAAUCCCAACCAUAAAUGAAUGGCAAUCGAAACUACUCGACUAUCUAGAAUUGGCAAAAAUGACACAGAAAAUAAGAAAUCAAAAAGACACAAAGUUUAAUAAAGAUUGGAAUAAAUUCAUGGCAUACAUGGAAACAGAGGUAAAAAAAACUAAAAAACACAGUAGGUGUGAUAUAACACUUGUGAUGUAAAGAAUUUUUUUUGAGGAAAAGAAACUGCAGAUAGAAAAAUUUUAUAACACAUUCCAAAACCGAGAUGAAGGGAAAUCAGUCAGUGUUGUGUGUUAUGUAGUUAAUGUAGUUAAUUUGUUGUUGUCUUAUGUCAGGAGUAUAUAUAUAUUUUAUAUAUAUAUAUAUAUUUUUCUUUAUUUAGUUUUUUUGGUGUGAAUGUGUUGUGUUUGUCUUCUUUGUUUGUAUGGUGUUAUAAAAUAAAAUUUAUUAAAAAAAAAAAAAGAAUUUCGGGCUUCAUGCUGCACAGUUCCAGUAGUAUAUGGCCCCAAAUGAUGAUUAGCAACACCCAUAAAAAUCACAAUCAGGAAAAAAAUGGAAGUGAUUUAAAGUAUUUGUUUUUAGGUUGCUGAGUCUUUCAAGUGUGCUUUACUUUUUUAUUUCUCUAGUGUGAAGGCCAAAGAGAAUUGCUGUCAUGCCUAAAAAACUGUCAUAUCUAGAAGUACCGUAUGUGUGUCAGGCAGGGACACACUAUUACCUAGUACUGUACAGUAGAUGCAGCAAUGGAAAAUACCAGGUGCCCGUCUACAUCUGCUGUAGUUUCUUUUAUGAAAGCCUACAGAAUUUCCACUAGUCGGUUUGGGAACUGUUCUGGAGAUUUUGAUGGGGGCAGGAGGAAAGUUUCUUCAAAAUGUACAUACACUUGCUGAACUCUAUGCUCCUCUUUUCAUCAGAGAUUUAACAGUGAAAGUCUGUGAACUCCUACUAAAAAGUAAGUACAGUCAUACCUCGGGUUGAAUGUGCUUCAGAUUGAGUGCUUUCGGGUUGUGCUCCGCGGCAACCUGGAAGUAACGGAGUGCGUUACUUCCGGUUUUCGUCGCAUGCGCAGACGCUCAAAAUGACGUCACGUGCAUGUGUGGAAGCGGCAAAACGCGACCUGCGCAUGCACAGACGCGUCAUCACGUCUUACGUUGUAUUCAGAAUGCGAACGGGGCUCCGGAACGGAUCCCAUUCGCAUCCCGAGGUACCACUGUAAAGAGUUAAGGAAUACCCUCCAACAUUUCUCUGGUGAAAAUAGGAACGUCCCAUUCCAUAAUGAUAUUUUUACUAUUUAUACCCCACACAUUUUAUUGGGUUGCCCCAGCACUCUGGGCAGCUUCCAACAUAUAUAAAACAUUAAACAUUAAAAAACCUUCCUUAUACAGGAUUGCCUUCUGACGGCUUAGGGGUUGGAUAACUCCGUACCCUCCAACAUUUCUCCAAUGAAAAUAGCAACAUCCUAAGGAAAAGCGGGACAUUCUGGAUUCAAUUCAGAAACCAGGAUGGCUUCUCUAAAUCAGGGAUGUCCCUUGAAAAUUGGGACACUUGGAGGGUCUGUUAGGGACGCACUUCCAGGUAAAUAAGUAUAGGAUUACAGCCUUAAUGUAACUAAAACUAAGCAAGCCUAAUCCUAAGAAUAUUUAAUUGGAAGCAAGGGAGUUUUUAACCCUUUAUCCCAUGCUAUUUACUGAAUCCAUAACACACCCCAGCUGCAGUUGGGGGGGUAGAGUCUCAGUGGGUGUACCUCGUCUGCCCUGGGCUAAUAGUAGUGUCAUGAGAGGAUUCAGAUCAAGGAAAGGACAACCCCAUUCUUUGCCGCUUCGUCCCUGUCAAAUAGAAGCUCCCGCAGCUGCUUUGAAGUGAAGAAAUAUUGCACAAGAUUCAAUCACCUAUUUGGCCCUUAGAUUAAGGGAACGGCAUGUAAUGUUGAACCAAUAAAUAUUUAUCUGAAUAUAAUUUACACAUUAAAUGAAAAACCUUUAAAAAGACUGAAUGCAUGCCCUGGAAAUUCCUGAGCAUGCUUUACUUUUAAUCACUUCUGAUCUUAGAAUUAUCAGGUAGACUAUCAAAGUGUUGUGUUGAUGAAGGAUGCUUUGAAAGAAUGAUUUAUUUAUAAGACAUGUGUUGUUUUAUGAUAAGUAUUUUACCAUACACAGAUGAAUAAUGUUUUCACUCAAAAUACAUUGGGCACAUGGAACAGUUAUUAUUAAAGGAUCCUGUUUUUAUUAUAUUUCAUAAUAAAUUAGACUUCUGCAUAGUUGGGUGCACCUAAGAUUAGAAAGGUGGCCUGUAUGAUUAUUAGCAGCCUGCUAGUACUAAUAAUCAUGGAAGCCUAAGUGGCAGAGCAAAAUGUGCUAUUCUAGGGAGUGAGAGCUCUUCCCUGAGGAGAUGAACUAUCAACACCAAUUUUAUACAAAGGAGCAAAAGACUAAGCCAAAAGUGACCAUCAUACAAACCCUUUAACGUGAUGGUUGAGGCAAUGAAAAGCAGAACUAUGUUCAGUUCACUGGGCUUGCCAUUAUUGUCAGCUUACUUCCUCCAGGGGUGCAAAUGAAGAGGCAGAAAAUAGAUGUUCAACCUGCUUGGAAGCAAUGGUGUGUUUCAAAAAAAUCAAAACAAACUAUAUACAAAUAGUUUUUUGUCUAUUUAGAUUUUACCUGCUAGUUUCCGCACAAGUUAUUCCUCAAGUAAACAGGUGCUUGAGCGUGAUAUUUUUGGCUGCAAAAGAAAUUUGUAAACUACUGAUUUAGAGGCACAGAAAAAAGUCUGCAUUUUUACGAUUCAACUUGCAAUGGACUUUAAGCUGUGUUUAUUAAAGAUCUGUUGUUGUUUUUAGCUAAUCCAGAAUCCAAAAGAACAAUAGGCAUGAACCCAGACAGAUGACCAUUUCUGACUUGAGCUGAGACCUAAUGUUUGCGGGCAUGUGGGGGGAGAGUUGUAGUUUUGAGGAUGAAGAGGCCAGGUCCCAAACAGUCAACUUCUAUUUUUUUCCCCUGCCAUUCUGUCUUCAUGAACUGUGCCUUUUUGGUACAGUUGGGAUCCAUUUUAAAUUUAGAAUUUCAUUUAAUGCUGAGCCAUCUUGAGCCUCCCGCAUACUCACAACCUUAAGAACACUUUCAGAGUCCCUGUUGAUGUGUAGCUGAUACAUAACUGAGCAGUGGUGUGGAGUAGAUCACAUCCACAAGCCACACAUCACCAUCACAGCAGUGAAUCCAUAAUGUUAGCCUCAAAAAUGGUCUCCUUCCCUACAGUCCCUAAGAAUGAUUUAUACAUACAUACAUCACUGGAGUAAAAGCAACUGCUUAACAAUGUCAGAAUUUCCUUUACAUAAGGAGAUUUGACCUGAUCCCUAGCCAAGCACAAGGAGUUUGGUAAUGAAGGUAAACCAAGCAGGUUCCUUUUGAUUUAAGUUUUGGCUUAUUUUUUUUUCUGUUCUGUUUUUUAACAUGCUGUCGCAACCCUAAGGCUCUGGGACAGACAAGACAGUGCUUCACACAGGACACAUUUUAAAUAAAAUGAAAUAAAUUAAAAGGAACAAGACACAGAGCAGAACAUCUUGUAUUUGUCUGUUUCAAAUAGCUUUUAGAAUGAUAAACAUCCCUGGUUUCAAAAGUACUUCCCAUAAUUUUUCUAUUUCCAUGCACCCACCUGUCCUAUCCCAGACAGAAGGUUUUGUUCUCUAUUAUACACUCCCUGAUCUCUGAGCAGUGAGAGAUUUCAGGAGUCCCAGCACAUUCCUUGGAAUGGAGGCCAGGGGAGACUAUGGCACUGUUGUGAUAUGAUAAUCAUUUACCCAAAUAUAUAUGCUAAGCAUAAGGUGGAAGGUUUAUAGCAUUAGCACUCUCGUAGAUCUUGCUCUCUCAUUUAGUUUCUAGGGGGACUCCUCAAUGCCAUAACACUGGACCAGCAGAGCAAGCAAGUCACACUUUUGGGGCCUCAUUCACACCUAACUUUUGCCCCACGCUUCCUAGGCACAGGUGUAGUGCGCCAUGUCUGAGCACUUUUUUAAAAAAAUGCUCGGUGCUGUCCCCACAAAAGCCCACUCUUUAAAAGCAAUUCAGGUUUUCCCCAGAUUGCCAUUGCUCCAAUUCAGCGGUAAAGCAUGAUUUUUUGCAGGGAGAGUGCUAGGGCAAAACCUACAACACUCAGACCCAGGGCUUUAAAGCACAGACCAGUGCCUAGCUUCAGCUCCAGCUCCAGGGUUGACUGUUGUGCUCCCUAAAGCAUGGAGGCACCUUGCUGACACCAUAUCCAGGCCAAAGGGGUGGUGGUGGAGGAGACAGAGAUGUCCCCUUCAGCUUAGCUUAGCUUCCAGAAAUGUCUCCAGCUGUUUAAUUUCUAUGGCAACACUUUUGCACAAGAAGAGCCUGUUAGAUCAAGUCUAUCCAGUCCAGCAUCCUGUUCUCACAGUGGCCAACCAGAUGCCUGUGGGAAGCUCGCAGUCAGGACCCAAGCUCAACAGCACUUCUUCUCCAGUGGUUUCCAGCAACUGGUAUUCAGAAGCAUGCGGUCUUUGACAAUGAAGUCAGAGCAAAGCUACUGUGGCUGGAAGUCAUUGAUAGCCUUUAUCUCCAUGAAUUUGUCUAAUCCUCUUUUAAAGCCUUCCAAGCUGUUGACCAUCACUGCCUCCUGUGUGAAGAAGUACGUUCUUUUGUGUGUCCUGAAUCUUCUAACAUCCAACUUCAUUGGAAAGUCCAUGAGUUCUAGUUAUGAGAAAGGGAGAAAACACUUUUCUCUAUUCAUUUUCUCUGUACAGUGGUACCUCGGGUUACAGAUGCUUCGGGUUACGUGUUUUCAGGUUGUGGACCAUGGGAAACCUGGAAGUACUGGAAAAGGUUACUUCUGGGUUUCGCCGUUUGCGCAUGCACAGAAGUGCCAAAUCGCGUCACGCGCGUGCGCAGACGCGGCAUUGCAGGCUAUGAACACUGCGGGUUAUGGACAUGCCUCCAUCACAGAUUACGUCCGCAACCUGAGGUUCCACUGUACCAUGCCUAAUUUUAUACAGUUCUGUCAUGGGCAGCUUCAAGACUCCUCCCUUCUUUUAUCUUUAAACCAGGCUUGAAUCUAGACUGGCCUUCAAAUAAAGGACUAUGGCCACCCCUACUAUCCCCAAGAUUGUCCUGGGGGGACCUAGGCUAGGGCUUGUUCACAAUAUACACUUAUAAAAAGUUUGCCUGGACAUUAACAUAAACUGAGAAACCCACAUUGGCUACAGCAAUCAUCUGGUUCACAAAAUGGCUGUUCUGCACUGAAUAAGCAGCAUUUAGUAACAAUGUGUUCAGGACGCUUGUAUUAAGCUGCUCCUUGAUCAAUUGUGAGCAGCUGGGUUCAGUUCACACUGAGCUGAGAUGGCAUAGGAUGUUUAGAGCAAACCACAAGUGUGAUCAAACUCUACGCUUCUUCUCUGCUGCAUGGGUUCCCUUUAUUUAAAAGAAGAAGACAAUCCAAACUACCACAGAGAAACUGUGACUUGAAUAAAAUUAGCUGAAAUGUAUGUUCUGUGUGAUCAUGUUUAGUUUUAAUUCUGUUGGGGGGACUGUGUCUGCCAUGGGAUCUUUGACUCCACAUACUCUAUAAAUAGGCACUUGCGCGCACACACACACACACACACACACACACACUACAGUGUUGGGUAUUGUGGGUCUCAGACUCUGGGGAGCAGUUCCCUGCUUCCUGCAUCACCACAGCAGCUGGUAGAAGAAGGAACUGCAAGUACUUCUAUCUAACCUAAAGCUGAGUUUGGGAUGCUGGAAGAUGACUCAGCAGAACAGGGAAGCCAUGUGACCUAUAUCACUUUCUAGAUCUUCUCACCUCUUCAGUGUGAGGGCAAUUCUUGUGGCUUGGUUCAGCAGAUUGUUGAAAUGUUCAGAAACAGACCUUUAGAAGCAAGGAUGAUAGCACAAGUGGGUUACACAGUUCUCAAAGCAGCCCCAGUUCAACAAAAUAGUCAGCACAUCUUGGAAUUCCAAGUAUUUGGACAAGAGGGUAAAAAAACAACAAUCAGUUUAGGAAUCAUGGCUUGACAAUCUGGUCAGUUGGACUUGGCCAGGAUCUUUCCACAGGGUUAAAUAAUGCCCCAAAUUAAUUUUAGCUAUGUCAUUAUAUUCACACAAGUCCCUUUUUGGCCACAGUUAUGCAAUGUGGGUGGACAGAAUUUACAAAUAAAAGGAAACAUAACUUUGAAGAGGUAUCUGUAAAGUGAGGGCUAAAAGAUGUGUGGUCCUCUUGAAAAUAAAAUAAAAAUAAAAAGUUGUGAUGAAUUGGAUUCUGAAAAGUUGGAUUCAGAAUAGAAUAGCAAACAUUAAAAACACUGAUAAAGUUGAUGGAGAAUGUGAGGGGGGUGGAGUAGCAACAAUGACAGAGUGAAAAAGAUGCAAGACAAUUGACCAAAUUAUUUACAUGACAUUGUGACAAGAUUAUUGAUUAUUGAAUUAGACGCUUGGGACAUGGAAUGAGGUGACAAAUGUAUGAGUGGGUUCAUACCUGGAACAGAUAAUCAUACAUAUAUCAAUUGCAACCAGCAGCCCUUAAAUCAUUUGGUCAGACUUUGCAUACCUUCACAUAUACUGUACAACAUAUUUUGUCCCUGAACACAUAAUUAACCUGUUGCAAUUCAUGGCCAUAGGUUGCACACAACACAAGCUUCUGUAUUUCUUCAGAUUUAUAUUCUGCCUUUCUACAUAGCACCCAAGGAGGCUAAGGACACUAAUAAAAACUAUCACUUUAAAAUAAGGAGCAACAGAAAACAGAAAAUGAAGUCAGGUAAAAUAAUAGCUAAAAACAACAGCCUGUGAAAGCUAAAAUAUAUUUCAUAUUGGGAAACAGCAGAAAAUAUGGUGGCGGGUGUGGGUGGGUGGACUGUCCAGCUCGUAAUAAAUGGCUCAUCUACAGCACAGCAUACUGCAGCUGAACAAUUCGGUGUUGACUUGCUUUGCAACACGGUGUGAAUUGCUGUUUCGUCUGUUUAUCUGUUCCUGUAACUGCUGCCAAACGAGAAGCAACCCCUGAGUUGGCACCUCCAAAUUCCGCAGAAAGGACUAAGGGCCCCUCUGCAUGACUCUAAAGGAUUUCAGUUUUCCUGUUCUCAUCUGUGCACUCAGACAAAGGCAUUCAGCUCAUCCAGAUCACCCACUGUCUGCCAAACAUAACCUGACAGCAGUUUGCUGGCCACAGCAAGUGGCAAAGAAGGCUAUCUCAGAGUGGGGAAGGAAUCUGCCUCUUCCCAGUAUGGUUACUACACUUCCAGUUGUACAUGCGCUACAUUACCUAAGUAAGAAUGUGGGAACUGUUAUCAGGACAUGCUGUUGCACACAUUGUCUGUGCAACUCCAUAGGGUAGCACAAUGGUGACAUUCCAUGUUAACAGGAUUUCUACAUGAUGCCCUCCAGAAGGACUACAGCCCCCAGCACCCCAGUCAGCAUGGCCAAAAGUCAGGGAGUUGUAGUUCAGCAACCUAUGGAGGAGAUAGGUUAGCCUCCUGUGCCCUGUAGUCAUCAGCAUGAAGAUCCUGGUGUAUAGCAGCGACGUUACCCUUACUGCUAUUUUGUGACCCUUUAAUUGUAUUUGAUUAUUAAUAUUUCAAAAUGUUUCCAGUUCUGUUCUCCUGUGCUACGAGUACACAUCCAGUUACAUUUUUUUAGAUGUAGAGCCAACAACUGUUCUCCGCCCGCACAACAAACCCAUUCUUCUCCUCCUAUCCCUUAUGUGUGCAAGGUAAUAUAUCACACUGUUGUAGCUGGAUUGGGCCUUGCAGGAGUAUCAUGUGUGACAGAUAAAAUGUAUUUGGUAUGCAAAAAAUGAUACUUUGAUACACAAAUGUAGUGCAAGGAAUGUGUUUGCAGGUGGUGGUACUGAUAACAGCAUUUAUAUGGCUCUUGAUUACUGAGUUGUAUGUGAAAUAUUUUGACAACAUAAGCUGACAUUAUAUUGUUUGAAUACUGUAGUUUGGGGUGAGAUGUUUGAAUUGUGUAAACUGAACUGAAACAUCUGAAUUGUAAUGCAACUAACUAUUCCAUGAGGUUUUACUAUGCCUUUGUGCAUUAGAUGGCUAUGUGUAUUACACUACUUCAGCUGUGAGGCACACAGUUAACUUUUCAGUUACUUUCAGUAUUACAGUAUUAACACUGAAGUGAGACCCUGUCAGCAUAUAACACCUCUGAUCAGACGUGCAGUUUGCUGGUUGGCAGUUUGCUGCUGGGCCAAGUUCAAGGUGUUAAUACAGUGGACGCUCAGGUUGCGAACGUGAUCUGUGCAAGAGGCACGUUCACAACCCACAGUGUCCGCAACCCGCAGCACCGCGUCUGCGCAUGCGCGGGUUGCGAUUUGGUGUCUCUGUGCAUGCGCGAGUGCCGGAAGUAACCCAUUCUGGUACUUCCAGGUUUCGGCGCAUCCGUAACCCGAAUACGCGCAACCCGAAGCGCCUGUAACCCGAGGUAUGAUGGUAUAUAAAUCCCUUAACAGCUUGGAACCUUUGACUUAUGAGAUUGCCUUACCCCAUGUAUGACUACUCGACCACCUCGAUCUGCAGAACUGGCCCUGUUACAGGUGCCACAUAACACUUGUUCCGCAUUUGUAAGAAAUCAAUAUUUUAGUGUGGCAUCACCCAAACUUUGGAACUCCCUGCUUAUUGACACUGCAUUAUUUCCAGUGCCUGCUAAAACCAUUUACAGUAUGUAUAGGCAACCCUAUCCAGAAAUGUAGAAUCUUGACGUGUUUUAAUCUGGUUUUUAGUCUCUCAUUGAUUUUAUUUAUUUAUUUGUUGAAUGUUUUAAAUAGUUGUUUUUGACUGUUUUUACUGAUAAUUUUAUUGUUUUCUUCUGUAAACUACUUUGAUGUUUUGUUACAAUCAAGAAGUAUAUAAAUCUUGGGAAAUCAACAUAGAAAGUUAUUAAGUUCCAAAAGCACAAACUGAACAUUUCCCUUCUCACCCCACCACUAUUCUGUAUUCCUGAUAGAUUAAAUCAAACAAAUAAAUGACAUUUUGCCACCCUGGUUUUAAAAAGUAAUGCCAAUACUCUGGGCAUGUGCAGUUUCAAUACUUUAAACUCAUUUGAUCAAAGCAUCAUCAUGGUUACUGGAAGAAAAUGACGUUUACUUUUGGUGCUCUAAUGCUAAACAUAUUUACAGUGGUACCUUGGUUUAAGAACAGAUUAGUUUAUCAACAACUUGGAUUAAGAAUGCUGCAAACCUGGAAGUAGGUGUUUUGGUUUGUGAACUUUGCCUUGGAAGCAGAACACGUUUCAUAUCCUGUUGAGUGUGUUCCAUUUGUAAAUUGAGUCCCCCACUGCUAUGGGAAAGCAUGCCUUGGUUUAAGAACGCUUUGGUUUAAGAACGGACUUCCAGAACGGAUUAAGUUUGUAACCCAAGGUACCACCGUACUUGGGAAUAGGUACCAUUUUGUUGUAGAAAAGGCCAAUAUAUAUUUUAAUGUAAAAUAAAAGCACAAUGAGCAUUUCUAAUCAUAUACAUGGUACACUGGCCUGUCCCUUACCCUGGCUGUGUACAUACACUACAUUUAAAGCACAUGAAUAAAAAAAUCCUGGGAGGUGGCAAAUUCAUCUCCAAGGAGCAUACUUUAGCCAUCACUCCCGCUGCAGCGGCAGCGGCAGCUGAUGAUGCAUUCCUUGGAGGCCACAUCUACUGCCCCGUGCCUAAGGCGGUUGCCUCACCUUGCCUCAUGGGUAGGUUGGUGCUGCUUCUAGGUAAUACCUUGGGAGGGCCCAGUCCUAUAUGCACCAUUGCUAUGCCUAGGGCUGCUUAAGAAAUCCACAGCUGAGAUGUUUGACUCUCGUCUCAAGAACUUGCAGUUAAUAAUGCAAAUUCUAAACCAUCUAGUGAGUCUCAGAUUCUCCUAGCUUGGUUUUUACCAGAAGAAUACAGUCUACUUUCAGUAUGUGUGAAUCUUUUCACAGAGAACUGCCACUAUUAACUUGAUCAGAUGCCAUGACUUGGUUUGCAGAAGCUGGUCAUAAAGGUGUGUGCAGAGAGGUUAAAACCUUCUUUGCAAGCUGGGCCCUACUCAGGAGGCGUUAUAAAGUAGAAAACCAGCUGUUGAUGAAGCAUUAUCAGUCCCUGUCAACAGGCUGCUGGGUUUUUUUCCCCCUGUCUUCUUUUGAAACCAGAUGGAUUCUAAGAAACUGAGACAGUAAAUGGUAGGCUGGGUAAGCAGUAGGACAAAAAAGCCCUUUUGCUUAUCUUGAACUAUUCUAUGGCUGAAGGGUAUUAUGUCGAAGGGUUGCCUCAGAUAAUGCAGGAGCUGGGAUGCCUUGAUUAGUAUGAGCAGAAGAUAGCUUCUGAAAAGAACUUGUGCUUAAAGUUCAGAAAAGAAGUCCAAAGAAAGGAAAAGAAGAUAUCUGCUUAAGGCAAUACCUGGCUUGCCAGUCAUGUUAAACAAGGGAUGGAGAACUUGUGGCCUUCCAGAUGCUGUUGACUACAGCUCCUAUCAUCCUGCUCAUCCUCUUAUCAAUUGCUUUGGCCACAGUUGAUACUUUCUGGAGGGCCACAUAUUCCCCAUCCCUGGGGCAAACCAUCAUUCAUGUUUAACCCAGGUGUCAUGAUCUCAUGCAAUUUUGCACUGUGAUCUAGGCCCUAAAAGCACUUUUGGGGGAACCAUGAACUCGCAUGGUCACGUGACAUGCAUCAGAGUGCAGCCCCGGAAGAUGGUGCCUCAUUUUUUGUUUGUUUUUGUUUUGUGACGUGAUGGAGGGUAUGAUAUAGCUAGUGCCUCAUUCCAUGCUUGCAGAGGCAAGGCAGAGCCUUAUAAAGAACCAGCUGUACACAAUUGUUAAGGCUGCAAUCCUGCGCAUGCUUACAGCAGGACUUACUGCCAAGUAAGGACAGAUAGGCCUGCAUCACCCAUAUUCUUUUGGAGGAGUGGGAGGGAAAUGUCCCCUGUAGAAAACAACAAAUAUUCUGAAGUCCCCCUCCCCCUGUGUGUGCCAUUUCCAGUUGUUAUUCUCAGGCAGAAGAAUUCACAUUAGAAACGGAGGCUUGUGCCCAGCCACACCCUGUCAGUUUGCCGUUGCAGUUUCAGUAGCCAUGUGGUAGAGGUCAACAGAGGUGACUACCACUGAUUGCUAUCUUUGGAGGCAGUCAUGAUUCCUUUCUGCUAGCCUUGCUGGCUUGUGUGGUUCCUCUUAGGCUAUGAAAGCCUGAACUAAACUCUUCCUUUAAAAAAAGAAUUAAAAGAAGUCAACACAUAAUCACGUUAAUGAUGACUAGGACUGAAACUUCUACCACAGUAACAUUUUGUUUUGUAAAACAUUUUAACUGAGUGACACUCUGCAGCUAUGUUUCACCAGAUCACCAACAUUUUACAACCUUAAGCCAUCCUGUGCUGUCCUUCACACAGGCAUGAACAAACUGGCAAUGUGGAGCCACAGUUCCACUGCUAGGUUUGACUGCCUUCGACUGCUGGGCUGUACAUGUGACAAAUUUUGAGUGUCUCACUUGCAGUGCUCCGACAGGUGACUGGUGCUGACAACAGUGACAGUCAAAUUAAUUUUAAACAUUCUUCACAUUUCAGCCUGUGAGUUAGUCCUAAGCAUGCUGUAGGUGAUGGACCUGAAAAGAAAAGGCAAGAGUGUAAUGUAGCUAGCUGUGCAACUCUAAAUAUGUACACUGAUUUCAGGCUCUGACAAAGACUAGUGGUGUGUGGGAGCAUUGGUGCAAUGUCAAAGCAAGUGGAAAAAUGAGGCAGGCUUGCAUUUGCUUUUCGGAAGAACUCUGCAAAGCUUCGGGUGUUUUUGUAGAGCAGGACAGGUUCUGAUGUUCCCAAACUUUGUUUGAUUAAAGUUGUGGCCGUUUGAAUUCAGUUUAAGGUGCAUUCAGACUCUUGUUUUGUUUAGAGCCUUUCCAGAAGAUUGUCUAGAGCAUGAUUAUGGUGGAAUCAUUAUGUAAAAUAUAUGCUUUUUGUGCUUUGGGAUUUCUCUUGAUCAAAGUAUAGCUUGCUGGUGCCAAGGCUUAUGAAUCCAAGUCAUGGGUGGUGGGCCAUUUGUGUCUGCUUUUUGAUUGAUGAUACUGCCCCAUAACUUAUCAUAAAUUGCACUGCCACAGGGCAUUGCACUACCGCAAGAUGAAGUAAUGGUCACCGACUUGGAUGGGCCUGUGGUCUUAUCUGGUAGGGCUCUUCUUAUGUUCUUAUAUUAUGACAUGAACAUGAACUUUGUGGUAGGUAGUCUGAUGUUGCACCAUCUUUUGGCUGAAUAGCAGGAUAAAAAUGCUGAGCAACACAAAUGGUGAGCAACACAAGCCCUCAGCAUGCCUGCACCGAACUAUACACUUUCCUUAUCACCACCCUCAUCAUUAUUUCCGUAGAGCCACCGUAGUGUUGUAUUUCCCCCCCCCCUCUCGUGCCUAGGUAUGGUACUACUAUGCUCAUAAUAAAACUCAUUCUUUUCCCCUUGUUUUGUGUUGAAGGCCCCCCAAAAGCAAGGCUACCUAGAGGCAGCUUAAGAUAUUGGGUGCAGGAGUCAGAAAAUCCAAUGGUGCCCCCCUCCAGAUGGUAAAAAACUAACAGAACUACCUAACCAGCAAUCUGCUGCUAUAUAGUCAAAACUUGCCUCUUGUCAUGAGCUUCCUCACUCUGCUUAGUAAUAGGGCUAUUCCUGUAGCCACUGUCACCUCUCCUGUGCUGCUCUAUUGUUUCAUCAAUUUGUAUUUGAAAUGAGGAAAAAAAGCUAGCUCCUAAUUUGGAGCCCUCAGCCAGCCUAAUAUUUUACUAGGGGGAAAAAUGCAAAGAGCAGCAUGAUUAUUCCUCUCCCUGCCCAUCCCCCUGCCCCUCCAUUUCAUGGUGACUUCAUACAUGCAACUGUGUGAUUUUUCAAACAUGGCGUACUGUAUAACUAUCCGUAAUGGACUGUGUCCAAAGCAGAAAGUGAAUCAUUGUGGGCUACAAAUAAAGCUCAAUGAACCAACACAUUUCAUGGGAAAGGAACAGAGCAGCCUGGAGGAUAAAUGCUUUCUAGAACUGGUUUGGUCCAUAGGAAUUUGACCCUGUGAUUUUCCCCAAGGAUACAAUUGGGAUUUCAGAGCAUGAAGAACAUCUCAGAAAAUAAAGUUUUGUCUUCUGCUUCCAUCUCCUUGCUUUUCAUGGUAAUCCACACACCUUGUGCAAUCUCCAGCUGCUCAGUAUUUAGCUGAAAACCAAUGGGAACCCCAGAAAUCCAAAACCUCAGUGCUCACCUGCCUCUAGUUCUCUUAGACCUCUGCUUUAGGUUUGCACCCUAAUUCUGUGUUAAAGAGCUGCAAAGACUGGGGAACUGAAAACUUCUGGACAAUGCCACCACCUUUUGGGGGGUGGGUGGAUUUUGAGUUUUUUUCAAUUUUGCUAAUUCUAUAGUACUGUUGCUACCCAUUUUCGUUGCUAAUUAUCUAGUUCCUAUACCAUGAAUAGCAGUCUUCAGGGAAGAGCUACUCUUCUCCCCAGCCUUCCCACUUAUCUAUGUAGCACCAGUUGUGUCUACAUUUCCUAGGAUAAUCUGCCUACCCACCCAUCUACUCUUCCUUUUCCUCACGAAGAGCACCUGCUCCUAUCUUUGCUAAUAUUGCUCUCCAGAGGGGCGUAUGUAUUUUUCUGGUUUGUUUUUUUCAAAAGAGCAUGUGUGUCUUUACCAACACCAAUGCACAUAGUUCAUAUUUUAUUUUAUUUUGAUGAAAAGGUUCCUUGCCAUUUACAUAGAGCCCCUGGGAGUCAUUAUCCUUUCCCUGUAAAAAUUCUUAUUAUACCUGCCACCUAGAGCUAAUGCACAAACUUCCUCUAUCCAUUCAUUUUCCCAUAAAAAGCUUGCAUCACCAUCAUUGCUGCAGAGAACAGUACAUUUUAAGGAGAACAAUAUAAGACAAAUAUUAAAUAAAUUUAUUGAAGAAUGGGCAAUAAGGUAGUAGAGGAACAGACAAUUAAUGAAGAGGAGCAAGAUUAUACAUAGUCACCAAACUCCAGUAGUAGUCUCAUCAACCACAUUACAUAUUGGAUGUCCAAACUAGGUGAUACAAAAUUAUUUGUCUGUUCAAACUCAAAUGGAGAUGGAAGGUCAAAAGAUUGCUACAACUUAAGCAAUUUUUAAAAGCUGGGAUCAUAUGUAAGGUUUAAAACCGGAAUACAAUGAUGUCGAUUCUCAGGAGCAGGUAAAUGGUGUCAAUAGGUUGUGGGAAUCUUGCAUUGAAGCACCUUAUCAUUGCAACUUUCAUUGGAAAUAAAUUCCAUGGAAGUCUGUGGGAUUUCCUUCAGAAUAAACAUGUAUAAGAUUCAGCUGAAAAGCUCUAUAUGUAGAGAGGUAGCUGAAGCUACACUGGAUUUGUAUGCUCACACAAAAUGUGUUCAUCAUAUACAGUAUAUAUAAGAAAAUGGCAUCAUUAACUUCACAUGUCCAUUGGACUGUGUACAUACCAUACAUUUAAAGCACAUGACUUCCCCCAAAUAAUCCUGGGACAUGUUGCUUAUCAGCAGCCAUAACAAACUACAGGUCCCAGGAUUCUUUGGCAAAGUCAUGUGUUUUAAAUGUGCUUUAAAUGUAUACAGUAGUGUGUAUGGAGUUUUCCCCCACCAGAAGUGCUCUUUUUGUGUUCUAAGUUCAAUGUAGGCUUGAAAAGUUUUCUUGAAAUCAGUAUGACAGCAGACAUUUCUAAUCAAUAGCAUAGGAAAUAGGUUAGCCUUUUGUGCAAGGGGUUUUUAAAAGUUCAUCUGCUUAUUUAAAUGAAAACAGAAAGUACUACGAACAAAUGUGUAACAGAAAUAGUAAAAAAUGGGAAACUGCAUAUGGAAAGUAGGUCAAGAACAAGUUCAGCUCAAUUAGAAUUAGUAAUUAUAAAAGAUAUAUAAAAUCUUAUAAAUUAGGAAAAUGGUGUAUACAAAAAUCAAAAGCAUUAUGAGUGUGUAACUAAGACCACUGACUUAUUAUCAUAUUAAUCCUUUGUGAUGAGAAAGAAAAGAAUUUGAGAAAUGGAUAUUGGAGGAAGAACAUAAGAUAUAAAAAUUAUGUAUGAUCAUUUUUUAAAUACAAACAUUUGUUACAAAUAUUAAGCUUAAAAUGGCAUGAGUAUGUGCAGUUUUUUCUUGAUGAAGGAUGGCAAUUUUUAUUUAGAAAAGGAUCCUGCUUUCUGUAGCAAUUAAGAGAAAACUGAUACAAGAUGGCUAAAUGGAGGCAUUUGACAACAUGGAAAAUUUAUAAAAUAUAUAAGGUUGAAAAUAAAUAUUGAAUAUGUCAGGAGGCAAAGGGCAAUUUUAUGUGUGUGUGUGUGUGUGUGUGUGUGUGUGUGUGUAUGGUACAAAUGUAUGAAAGAAACAAAGCUGGUGAUAACUAUAACUGAGUUUUUCCAGUUAAAAGUAGAAUCCAAACUGUUGUUAUGCUUAUAGAAUUAUGUGAAAACUGUUAUUUCAUUGGAGAUAUAAGAACCAGUUGUAUAUAUAAGCACAAAUGCAAUAAUUUUGGAAGUGUAAUCAAAAACAUAGUAGAACAAAAGUAGGAAAUGUUUGGAUCAGUUUGAAAUUGUUAAGCUUACAGGCUUUCAAAGUACACAAAAGAAAAAGACAGUGGUGUUAAAUAGGCAUUAACCUGUGAUGCAGCAUAUAAGAAAUGAACUUGGUAUAAAUGAUAUGGAUGUAGCUUUGAUAAAAUUAUAUCAUGAAAAGCUUGAAUCUAUUGGGCCAGUCCAAAGUGUUGGUAGAAAUUUAUUUUGUAAGCAGUGAACUAUGUAAUUUGUAUGUUUUAAUGUUUGUUUUAUAAUGGAAUUCCGUUCAUGCAACAGGACUCCACAGUCAUCUCCACCAGGGUGCCUUCAGAAUAUGUUCUGGGGAAUACCCAACACUCUGGAGCAGAUUUUGAGGGAACACAGGCCGCUGUAGAAGGGAGGCGAGGAUGGUGAAGUCCUAUUAUAUGAGCAGAAGUUCACUCUGCUUUCACAUGGACAGCAUGGUACCUAGAUGACCCUUGUGGUCCCUUCCAAUUAUACAAUUCUAUCAUUCUAUUAUUCUAACCCUAUAUAAUCUAUUAUCAUGCUCUAUUAUGUAUUUACAGAAUUAAAAUAAUGUAUUUCUUUAAAUAAAAUAAGGACUAUAAUCCACAGACUCCACAAUCACUCAAAAUCUUAGCUCAACAAAAAGGAAAGUUGAUUCACCCCCGUAUCAAAAUCACUCAUUUGCAUCCAUCCCUUUCAGAAUCCAAAACUGCACUCUUUGUAUCAGCAUACAUUUUCUGCUUCAGUUACAGCAACUGGGUCUGCAUCCCUUGAUUCCAGAAAUCAGCCUCUUCAAGCGAGCUAUCUCAGUCUGGGUCUUAUGGAUACCCAUGAGACAGUGCUGGGGCUGCAGGCUCCUUUGAGAUGUAGAAUUACAAAAUGAGACUGUUGACCCAAGACCAUUAAACAAUGAGAUGGAGAAGAGAAAGGAAAUAAUGUUUUAUCAAAUGAUACUAUGGAGAAUUUGGGGGUAUCCAAUAGCUUUUGAAGAGCCCUUCUGAUGCUUUAGGUUCUCUACUUAAAAGAUGGGCACCCACCCCCUCCAAUAUUCCACCAUGUGAAAGUGUCUCAGCCAUGUCCUUUGAUCCGACUAUAUUGCCUAAUCCCAAUGUCUCCCUGGCAAAUAUUCCCACAGCCAAACCCUGAUUCUCCUCUGUUUGAGAUGAAGUAGGAAGCCCCACCAUGAAUAUUUGUAUAUUGUGAAGACCACUCUCUAGAGACUUUGUUCUAGCAUGAACCAUAGAUAAUUUUUAAAUACUUACUUCAUAAGCUUAGCCUCAACACAAAGGAAAGGGAGCUGUAUCGGCCGUGCCUCCCCCACCUGAAAAAUCACUUUACUACAAUAGCCACAUUAGAAAUCCCUAUGUUUUACACAACCCAAAUACUUGAGGUGUCCAGAGGGAGGGCGAAAAAUUGCCCGUCUUUGUACGGCAGUGUGAGAAGGAUGGAAUGCUUCUCCCACAUUUGAUCUUGCUACAACACGGCACCACACACAUAUACACCAUACACUCCAUAGUCUGCAAGUGAUUUUUGCGCACUUAAGGCCUAUGCCCUCAGCCAAGGUCAGUUUCACCAAUCCCUAGGUAUGCUUCUGUGUAUCUGCUAUGUUGAACCCACUCCUUUGCAACCAUACCUUUCAAGAUCCAAAACUCUAAUCUCUUUGUAACCAUGUUUCUUUGUCCCAGUUCCAACAUCCAGUCCACAUCCCUUGAUUCCAGAAAUCAGCCUCUUCCAAUAAGCUAUCUCAAUAUAAACAGAGGAGUUUUGGGGACCCUGGAAACAGAUACAAUUCUCAAAGAUGCUUCAGGAUACAGUUGAUCUGAAAUUGUUGAGCUCCUCUCAGAUGGAGGAGAAAAUUGGGAAUGUUUUACUGAAUGAUACUGUGGAUAGUUUGGGUCAUCCAAUGGAUUUUGAAGACCCGUAUUAAUGUUAUAUGUUCUCUACCUAAAAGAUAGGCAAGCAUACUCAAAAUAUUCCUAUAUGUGAAAGUGUAUCUUUCUCUGAUUCAGCCAUUAUACCCAGCAGACAACAGUUCUCUAGCAAUUGUUCCUACACAAGCCCUCCCUCCCACCUUUGUAUGGGAUGAAGCAGGAAGCCCCAUCAGGAAAAUUUAUAUUUUGUGACUAUCUGGGGCUGUAGCCAGUCUUCCAGCAUGAAUCAUGGAGAAUUGAGAAGAAUAAGAAAAUCUCCAAGAGUGAAAAUGAACAAAAGGAGGACACGGGGCUGCAGAACCCCAUUACCAUCUUCAAAACAGGACAACUUCUGCAAGAACCAUUUCUUGCUGGUCUGGAACAACCUUGUAGAGAACAAAGAAAGAAAGGAUGCAAAUCAAAAGCUGGGCACAUCCAGAAUCAGAAAAAUGAUGUCUGCUGUGCUAUUUUGAGCUGAAGCCUGGGAAAUGAAAACUCAGCCUGUCAUGUGGGUUUUUCCCCCUCCGUUCACCUCUCUGGUUGAGAUUCACACACUACUUUAAAAAUGAGUGGGGCCACGGAUGCCAUGUUGCUGAUUGCAGGGUUGGGUUUCAUCUUUCACUUGAUCAUAGGCUGCACCCAGUCACCCACAGUAUCUACAGCAGGAUGUCACCAAUCUAAAAAGCUGAAGCAUGCAAAGAACAGUGUACAGGGAGAGCUGAUUGUGUGAGGUUUUAACUGCUUUGGCACAAGCCAUUACUUGUGCUGCUAGGCUUAGUGCAGAGGCCAGACUCUGGCAAGCAGUGAAUCGUGGAGAAGCCUGUUCCACCCCUAUUCCAAUCUGUACUAUUACAAAGUAUGCUUGGCAUGUUAUGGAUCCAAUGGGUGCUGCAUAGGGAGGAAGAGAACUGUCCUUUCCCAACCAUUAUACUAUAUCUAAGCAAGGUCCAGGGAAAUUACUGUCUGGUGAGACCCGUUGACAUCAGUGGUCCCCAAGCAGACUUUGUGAGUGGCAAGGAUGGCAGUGCUGUGAUCUGUGGUGGGCAGCUGCUUGUGGGGGCCCAGAAUGGUGUAGCAUUCUGGGAAAGAAAAGACUUUAGCAAAGAAGCAGUAAGGAGAUGGUGAGCUUCGUGUGCUCGCUCUCAAAACAGGUGCCCGGGCCUCGCCACCUGCAAAAAGGGAUGCGAGCCAAAAUGGCCCUCCACUUUUGCGGUUUGCAAAUUGGCCUGCCGGAAGGGAGAGCAAUUUUUCUAAGUUCUACUACUUGCCAGUCGCAGGGGCUGAUCUGGCACACCCCUUCUGUGCCUGAAAGCUCAGAGGCUGCAACACCUAUAAUUUCAGGUAGGCUACAGUUUCAGGUCAUGAGAUUCUCAGUGGAUGCUGCCCUGUUGUUAAUAGCUAAUGGCCAGCAAAGGCAUAUUGGGGAGCCAAACACUAUUGCACAAUGCCAUGUAUAGGGUUGCCAAGUUAAAAAUACCAGUUCAGUGAGUGGAACUUAACAUGAGCAAGUGGGUGGAGCAGAGGUUGGGUUCUGGCAAGUUAGAAAUGGAGGCCGCCCCUGCUGCUUGCUUCUUUUUUGAAGGCAAGGAGGGGCCUGGUGGGUCAAGGGGCAAUCUGAAGAAUCAGGCAAGGUACUGUAUGUGGUGAAUGUGGAGGCGGGGAAUUUAAUUCCCCUCAGUUUAUUUAAUAAAAUACCUAGGUUAUUUAUCAGAAUGCCAGAUACUAAGCCAGAUGCAAAAAUAAUAAACAGAAGAUUGCUUGUCAACCCUUAAUAGUGAAUUAAAGUAAGAGCCAAGGGAUGAAGCUGAAACAACUGUGCUUCUCUAGUUUUUUGACACCAACUUACAAAAUGGCUGGAUGUUCUCCACUUUAGAGAGAGGGAUGGGGGUGGAGGAAGAAAACUGGACAACCUCUGAAGAAUUUUUAAAAUAGAAAAUACAUUUUUAAAAGACUAAAAGAUGAAACAAUAAAAUAGUGGAAAAUAAAAAUGUAAAGCUUCACAAAAUUGCAUGAGAGCAUUUGUUAUCUCUUAUCACUAAGUACAUCACAAAAAAUGUCAGUGACGAUUGUGACACCUGUGCAGUCACUUGCCACAAAGGAAUCAUAGUAAGAAUGGUUGCAGAAUCUAGGGGAGAAUCACAUUCUCCCAGGCAUAAAAUACUGCAAUUUGUUGUGGGGAAAUACGAUAUCUCUGCAGAUGAAAUGCAACCUUUAGGACUACUGGAAAGAAUAAUUCUGGUCCCUAAGCGGAACCAUACGGCAGAUGGCAGUGCCUUGGACUGGCCUUAAGGGAGAGCCUGUUGUAUUCCUGACGGUGUAGAAGUAAUAUCUAAAGCUUUAUUUGGACCCCUGUGGUUAAUGUUGGAUUAGGGGAUCAGCUGAACCUGUACUUGAUUUUAGGUCAGCAGGGUGAAGAAACUAAACAGAUAAGUGGGCACAAGAACAAUCGCCACAGCUGUUGUUGCCAUGUUGCUCUACUGUCACCCACCCGGACUGCCUCCAAAACCUGUGGGGAAUGGCUAAAGAGGAAGGACAUAUAUGUGCAUUGCAGUCUCUAAAGCCGCUUCCAGACUUCCACUAUUUUGCAGGUGGGAUUCAAUUGCAUAGUAGCAAAGCCAGGUGGAUUUAAUUUGCAAUUAAAGUGGAUUUCAGGCUCUUGUACAACCCCUGCAUUAGACUUUUUGCAAUAAGGAAAGUGAUGGGGAAAUGGACUGGAAAGUGUGAGAUAGCAACAUCAAACAAACCAGAACGAACACUCCAUAACCAAGGCAUCUGGUAGUGUCCACAGCAGCAUGUGGGUGGCCAUCUGCCACAAAUGCUUUAGCUAAGAUUCCUGCAUUGCAGAGGGUUGGACUAGAUGACCUUUGGGGUCCCUUCCAACCAAUUCUAUGAUUCUACGGUGUGAAAUGAUGUGCUGAAACAGAUAAACAUCCUCAAUUCUUACUGCAUUAGUGCUACGCAAAGCAGAUCAAACAAGCCAGCAUUAUUUUUUUAAAAAAUAUAAGCGCCAACAUUUUUGUACAAAAGAACUUGGCAAUUGGCCCACAAGGAAAAUAAAGCAACCAGGCAUUUCCUUCCAGGCUAUUUGGCAAACUUGAAGAAGAUGUAAGCAUUGUUCACAAUGCAUGAGAAAUGCAAACAUGUUGUGCUAAAAACUGUAUGUAGGGAAAGGUAACCAAAACAUCAGUGCAAAACAUAUUAACUUGAAUAUGAAUACUGAAUUGAAACCAGUAGCAUUUACUACUGAAUCAGAGAGCUGAGCUGUAGCACUACAAAUGCAAUUAAAUUACUCAAUUCAUGUCAAUUCCUCCUUUUUUCUUUUUUAAUAGACAGAAUCUAGACAAUGUGAUGCCUUGGAGAAUAACAAGGUGGAUUUACAGGAAUAUACUUAAAAAUACACAUUUGAGAGCUCUUUCCCUAUUUGCAUAAAACUUGCCACAGAGAACUCCCUAGAAUUCACUAUAAAUAAGCUAAAGGGGCUUUCCACACCUCAUUCAGCUUUUACAGUUUCUAGCUCAAUUUGUCUACUUGCAACUGCUAUAGUGUGUAGAAUAUGAAUGGGCAGAUCAUGGACAACUAGUUGAUUUCUGGUGGAUAACUUAGGGUUCACUGGUUGCUGGGAUACUUGCAAAGAAUGCUGGAUCAGCUAGAUUUUGAUCUGAUCCUUUGCCACACUUCUUAUGUUAUUUAAGUGUUAUCUAAGUGUGCAAUUAGGAACAUAUAAACAAAGAUUACUGUUAUGUCUCAAUUGAGAAGAGAUGCUUUACAACAAAUACAGCUAUGCACAAAUGGCCUCUUUAAAUUCUCCAGAGAAGUGGGUGGUUGGUGGGGGGAGGAAACAACAUUUCACUGAAUUUCCAGGGAAAGGAGAAAUUAUCCAACAGGAGUAAGUAGCACUGUGUCAGCUACUAUAUUGGCUUGACAGCUUGGCCACCAUUUUGCAUUCCCCACAAUAUUCUGGACAUACAGUAAUGUCAUUCUGGAACUGUGAGAGAAAGAUGGUGGCCAGCACACACACACACGCGCACACACACACACACACACACAAAAUGGUGGAGAAUAUGGGGGGGGGGGGGGAAUCUGCCAAACAUCUUCCUUUGUCUGGGUGUAGGGUAAGAAAAACAAACAUCAGAAAUUUUCUCAGAAAAAUGUAUUCUGAGAAAUGUUGACACAGAUACUAGUUUUUAAAAGGUAGACCCAGCAGGACUGAAGUCUGCCUGCUCUUGCUGCAGAGAAAACAAAUAAUAACCUAUAGUUAUGCUUUUCAAAAAGAGAGUCAGUUACAUUUCUCAAGUUGUCUUUCUCACUCCAACAAAUUGCUCUCACUGCAAAUAAAUAUUGAGGAUGGGGCAUAUUGAUUGCUUCAUCCGUACAACACCCCAAGCAAGAUGUCACAAUAGUGAUGCAAGGAUAUUACAUCACACCUCUGAAAGAUCAGAUGUACAAUCUAGAGAAAGGAGUACACAGCCUUUUUUUUAAAAAAAAAAAAGGGAAGCAAUAUGUUCAUAAAAUAAUACAGCAUUGCUAGGGUGGUUGAGGGAAUCUUACUGUGUUUGCUUCUUUUAAAAAUAAGGUUAAAUGUGCAUUCUCACUUUUGAGGGAUGCACUGAAGGAGCACUCACCCUCCAAUAACAAUGUAAAGCAUUUUAAAAUGCAUUUUAAAAAUGAUAGUUGCUGUUUUAUUCUUGUGCAUUGCUUUGUGCAAUCCCCUACAUCCCUUGCGAAAGCAAUAUACAGUGGAACCUCGGGUUAAGAACUUAAUUCGUUCUGGAGGUCUGUUCUUAACCUGAAACUGUUCUUAACCUGAAUCACCACUUUAGCUAAUGGGGCCUCCUGCUGCCGCCGCACCACUGCUGUGUGAUUUCUGUUCUCAUCCUGAUGCAAAGUUCUUAACCCAAGGUACUAUUUCAGGGUUAGCGGAGUCUGUAACUUGAAGCAUCUGUAACCUGAAGCGUCUGUAACGCAAGGUACCACUGUAAAUGUGUUUCGUUGUUUUAAAAAAAUCAUUUUAUGUGUUCAUUGGAGCCCUGUGUGCAUGACUGCGUGUGCAUUUCCUUUUUGCAGAGGAAAGCCAGCCACCUUUCUGAGUACCGGUACUUUUGUGAGUGAAGCUCACAGAAUGAUUGUGCCCCAUCAUUUUUUACUUUUUACUAUUUUUUAUGCCUUUCUGCUUUGGCAAAAAUGUGAAUAAAUAAAUAAAUAAACUUACUUUUGAAAGCCACAACAUGGCUGUGGGUGUUCAUAGGGCAGACAGAACUGUGUCAGUGUAAUGGGCAAGGUUUGGCUAUUGUCUAAGAAUCACUUGCCACUGAUGACGUCUCAGGCAUGGGCACAGACAAAGUAGGGGAACCCGCUGGAUCAAGUUAAACAAUAGAAAUACUUAACUAACUGACCAAUCAUGUUGGUUCUGCCCCCCCCCCUGCAAAAAGUCCUGCCCCCUCUAACAAAAAUUCUGGCUACACCCACAAUCUCAAGUGCAAUACAACCAGUGUCCAUCAUGAUAAUGCAUGGAGCUGCAUUCCAUGUUGCAAUUGCAUUACAGCAGCUAAGCUUAGGGAUGGAUCUCAUGUUCCAAGGUACCAAAUAUCCUGCUUUAAAUGCUGAGAAUAUGCAAUCUCCCUUGAUGCAAAAUGACUGCAGCCUGCCAGGCAAAUCAAUCACCUCUCUAUCUACAGACUUAGGAGUGGCUUAAAAUGUUCUGCAUGCUAUGGCGUAACAUAUCAAAGCAGCCAUUCAGACGAAAAGUGAAAAUCACCCACCAGAAGUGACCAAACCCUGUCCCCCAAGGCCAUUUGCUUAUAUUUUUACAUAGGUAACAUCCUGUGGCCGUAGUGGUUGGUGUGAUAGUGAGAUGGCACUCACCUGACCCUCCUGAACCAGCUGAGCCAGCCAGCAGGGAGAUCAGCGUGCUACAAAUGUACCACCAGAGCUAAUCCAGUGGAUUGCAGCAAAUGCCAAACACCAGCACUGGGAGUGCACUGGAGACAGAGUAAAUGGUUGUGUGUACACAGCCAAAGGCUUCAAUAACUAAAUAUAACAGGGGAAACAUGAUUUAAGACAAAACACUGGGGGGUGAGGUGGCAGCAAACGUAGGUUUAGCAAAAAUGGGUUGUAGAUGUUUUCUAGAUGCACUGCAGUGAAAGAUAUGUGGCAAUAAUGCCCUCUGCUCCAUCUUUAUUUGGAUCGAGAUCAAUUUAAGGGAAAGGAAGUUGGUCUCCGCUGAAGGCUGUCCUUCAGGUCAGUUUACCACCUUGCAGUCCUUUAAGCUUCUUGGAAGCCAGCCUGUUUGCAGCUCAAAGCAAGACAAGGGGAUGAACAGAGCCUCCUCACCACUUAUGGAGCUCAUCCAUACAACUGUUUAAUAUGGCUAGGAAGCUUCCUAUACCUCCAUUAAUUCUCCAUUGUCUAUAAGAUGUUCUUCUCCAAAUCACUGCCUUUCCACAUUUUCCACUCCCUCAACCUGGAUUUUCUUUUACUCCAUUUCAGAGUAUUCCUGGUAUGGGAAUAUCUGGACUGAGGGAACAGAACAUGUGGGAAGGCAGAGGAGAACGUCAUAUGGACAACAGAUAAUUAAUGGAGGUAAGGAAAGCUUACUAGCUACAUUAAAUAAGAAUACAGUUGCGCACAUGAAUUCUUUGAGGGUGAGAACUAGCACAUGUUCUUUGAUUCAUUCCCACCACGCUAUAUCCUAAUCUUUUUUUUUAAUUUCAUGUAAGCUGCUUGGGGAGCCUUAAACAAUUGUGUUGCAACUGUUCUCUGCUGUCUCCACCAUUUUGGAGGGUGUGGAGGGAAGCUGGGGUUGUUUCAUUCCUCCAAUAUUUUACUGCAUCCAUCAGGGUUUUUUGCCAUUGGUAGAAACAGAGUUCCAUGCAGUUAUUUGCUGUAAUCUGUGGUGGAGGCACAGUUGUUCUCUGCCAUCACCCCUGCAUGUUGGCCAAUUUCUUUAAGAUCGCAAACACCAGGGUCAGCCAAAUACGUUUUGCUGCCUGAGGCAGAGCAGCAAAUGGUGUCCCUUGUCCCCAAGGUGAGGUCAAAUUAUGUUGGCAGCUGAGGCAGAAAACCAUGCAAGCCCUUUCCCCCACCCUUGGUAUAAAUAAUAGUGGUAAUAAAUGUACUAACAAGAUGCUGCCCUUCUAAGAUACACUAAAUCAGUUGCCUGAAUCACUCUGCUUAGCCAGAACCAUGGCUGGGGGCAGGGAAGGAAGGUGUGAGAGGCAAAUUAGCAGAGGAAAGUAGUAGAUGGGGGCACUGCUGCCAGCUGCAAUUUAUCCCCCUGUUGCUGUUUUGCAAAGAAGAAUCAAUUGACAGAGUUUCAAGACACCAGGUGGCGACAGAAUGUGUAGUUACACCCUUAAGGUGCAACCCUGAAUGUACUUGCUAGGACCUGAGUCACCUGUCUAAGCAAAUAUGUUUUAGGAUCCAUCUGUCACUAAGUUGAAAGCAACAGGAAAAAGUAUGAGGAAUUACUUUUUUAUAUAUAACUAGGGUAGAAGACUUCUGCUUUUAAUCAUAAACUGGGAGUAAAACUUCCUGACCUCAGUUUUCAAUAAAACGAGCAUAGGCAUAGCUAUGUUAGCUUUCGCCUUCCGAGACAGCUAGGAAGUUCAGAUCAGUCUUUUGUAGAGUCAGCUUCUUUUAGAUGAGUGAUCACCUGUGUCAUCUCUUUGUGAAAAUUUGUGGAUUUACACAAAUACAGACUGAUGAGGAACGGUGAUAAAGAAGACAGUAAGUAGAUGGAGGGUUCAGAGUCUUAACAAGCUCCAGCCACACUAGCCUGCCUCAGUCGAUAGAAAUAUUCAUGGCAUCAGCGCUGUCCCUAGGCAUUUUGCUGUCUGAAGCAGAGCCCUAAUUGGCACCCCUCCCCCUGCCGCCCCAAAUCAAGGGCAAAGGAUCCAAGGCUGGGCAAGAUAUUUUGGCACCGGGGGGGGGGGGAGAUCCCACAAGCACACCCCCUUCCUUGGCAGUAAAAAUACAAUAAACUAAAUAAGUAACAAUUUGCCACCUUUUGAUAAUACUCAGAAUCUGACUGCUCCACUCUCUCUAAUGGAAGCGGGAGCCAGGAAGGGAGACAUGUGACACAGUUCUUGCUAGUAUGUACUACUGCAGACUUCAGGGGAAGGGGUUGCAAAUUUAAUAAACAAGUAAAUAACAAACAGCACACAGAAAAUUAGAAUGCCAGGCAGAGAAUUCCAACAUAACCAUCCUUAAUAGCAGUUUAUACAAGCCAUAUACAACUUACCCCCCAUCCCUCCACCCUGCACUUGGAUGCAGUUCCAGGAAUUACUUGAGAAAAAACUGCAUGCAACUUCCACAUCACCAGAUAGCUCAAAUUACAGACAGUAAAAUUUAUUAAUGAAGUGGAGGGUCCCACUCUGCAUUAGUUAUAGCUUGGGAAAAUGUCAUUUUAUUUUCCUCCCCAUCAAAAUAUUUAUUUAACUGGAAUGGGGUGUUGAGAUGAAUUGAUCUCUAUAAACCUUUUGUGAUCCUGUGCCCAAAGCAGAAAAUUAUAAAUAAUAUUACAAAACUACCUUUCUUUUUAAGAGUCAUCUGGGGUAUUUCCGACCCUAGUCUUCAUAAUAUGAUGAUGAUAUGUGUGGGCUAGGUUUUCAUGUUGAUAUAUUAAGAAGUUUCAUUAUGAUAUUAUUAAUGAUGUUUUAGUCAUGCUUAUAACAGGGAAGGAUGAACAGAAUGUGGACUCUGAGAACUUCAUGAAGAGAUGUCAUGAGGCAGAUUUCCUAAUGGACAUGGCUGUCAUUUAAAGCCAGUGUCAUUUAAACACAGAGAGCCAGUGUGGUGUCAGAGAGCCAGUGUGGUGUAGUGGUUAAGAGUGGUGGACUUGUAAUCUGGUGAACCAGGUUCGAUUCCCCGCUCCUCCACAUGCAGCUGCUGGGUGACCUUGGGCUAGUCACAAUUCUCUGAAGUCUCUCAGCCUCGCUCACCUCACAGUGUGUUUGUUGUGGGGGAGGAAGGGAUAGGAGAUUGUUAGCCGCUUUGAGACUCCUUAGGGUAGCGAUAAAGCGGGAUAUCAAAUCCAAACUCUUCUUCUUCUAAAUUCCGAGAUAGGGUUCAGAGUAGUCAACAGUCAAGAAAGCAUUAUUUCUUCUUGUUGAUGUAAUAGAUGGAGUUUUACACCUAUACUAUAGAGCAAAGGUUUUCUUGCUUUGAUCCAGGGACAACUGGUUGAACUACCUAGCUUGGGGGAGUUUUAUUAUAACCAUCUGGCAGUGGGAAAGAAAACUGCUCCUUCUCAGUCAUGGAUGCCCCUAGCUCUCUCCCCACACCCCGACUUGAUCUUAGCCAAAGGACAAAUGUUGUGUUUAUAUAUCGGUAUGUCUGUACACAAAAUGCUAUGGCUGGAGGCGGAUGCUGAAAUGUCUGGCUAUUUUUUUCUUUUUCAGUACAGACCGACUUUGUCACCAACGACUCAUAGCCAAUGCAGUUCUUCCUGCAGUAUGUGUGGGACCACACAGCAGCAUACCCUUAACGAGGGAGCGGGGAUCCUUGUUCAUUGCCAGGCUGUGUGUGUGUUGCUUAGUGCAGGCACACAGGAAUGGAAUCUGAAACUUCUCUUUUGCAGCACAAAUAGCUGGAAUUUAUUCUGUAGACCAAAAAAAAAAAAAGCAAAGUAAAGUAGAGAUCAUUUUUCUAAUCCAGAUCAUCAGUGAGGACUAUGCUUGCAGAAUAGGCCACUGUAUUUGAUACCUGAAUGUUGAGAAGAAAGACCAUUUUAACACUUGGGCUGUGUACACAUUACCAUCUUAAAAUGCAGCUAGGCUGUUCUUUUUCUCAAUAUAGAUCAAAGCUGGUCCGGGGUAAAGAGCAUCAAAACGAGGUAUUUAAUAAGAAACAACAGGAUAGAUGUGAAUUGUGCCUAGCGUCAUGUGUUCACUGCUUCCCAAACCAGCAGUGGGGGUACACUGGACAUAAAUGGGAAUGUGCUUAAACAGCCUUGUACUAAUUCAAACCAUGUUAGAUAGUUAGGAGUCGCGUUGCUCACUGUUUGAUUAGUUGCUGAUAUGCAUGAUACAUCUGUGAUUACCUUCCUCCACAAAGCAGGGUUUGAUUGUGAAAUUUCUUGCAACUUGUAGGCGUAGGGGCCUCUGGCAAUAAUGAAUCAUAGUUCUUUCUGCUAUAUUCUUCAGAUACUCCAUACAUUCUUCAGAUACUCCAUACAUUGUUUUUAUUGUAGGGUGAAUAACUUGGUUCUUUCUACAAUUGGGGUUACAUUUAUUGGGAUCUCCGUCUAACUGCUCAAUUUUACAAAACAAAAAAGCCCACGGAACUGAACACCUCAGCAUUUUGGGGUUCAUCUCUGUGCAGCAUUUAGACUGUGACAGAAGGGAAAAGAUAAUCCCAUUUGGGGAAAAAUCUCUAGUUUUGCCAGAUCCCUAAUUAUUGUAAAUCAUCAUAAUUAUACACAUAAACAGGUUGAUUUACAUUAAUUGUGCAUUCUACUUAAGAGGCAGUCAGCAUCCUCCUGACAGAUUGCUAAAGCCGGCCACUUCAAUUGCUUGAGAUCUGUCACCCUUAGUUAAGCUGGCUAUUAUUCUUCCAACAUCCACAUACCAAAAAAAUUUGAUAAUUCUCUGUGAUUCAUCAAAGAAAAACAUAGCUAUUAUAUUGGAAGCCCAGAAACCCCCAGUGCCAUUUAAAAAAAUCUACAAGAAUUUCCUUUUCUGAUUGCCAAGUUCUGCGCCAGGAAAGCCAGGAAGUUGUCCAUCCUUAGUCAACAAUGAACAAACUCUUGUUUCCCUAACAUCCUCUCCCUUCCUUCCAAAUAGCCAUUCAAUGGGCUUUUCAGGGUUGCUGCAGUCUAUAAUUUGCCAUCUUGGCCUGAUACUGUGGCUUUGGGUGCCCUGGUUUUGCCAAGUCAUCAUCUGGAGGGAACACUUGGUCUAUUUUGCAACAACCUUAUUUUUUCUCCUCCUUACUGUUCUCCUAAGUGCUGCUAGCUUUAGCUUCAGAAUAUUCCAUGCUGAGUUGGAGCCAACCCUGGAUAAAGCCAGGGAUGACUGUGUUUAGUGUGUGGCCUGGCUCUUCAGUUUCAAAAUACAUGAUCCAGAAAACCUAAGGAACGAGAAUCCAGUGCUCUGGUUUCCCAAUGUUUGGCAAAGAGUACAGGCUCUGCCUUUUUUCACUGAAUAUGUAGAACUUGAUGCCUUUGUGCAAACCAAGCAAUGUCGGCCAAAAAAGUGGAAUGGUAGGUAACCAUCGUUUAAAUUCAGUUGACUGGCCUGCACUGGUGAACACAGAUAUUUGGCUCAUGGAUUCUUCAAAUAUUUAAUGGCCACACAGACUGGAAGAUUUUAUGCAAUCCAAGCAUAAGCUAUUAAAGAUGGAUUUAUGAGUGUGAUAUCACCUUCUGAAAUUCUUUUGACACAGCACUUGCUAACGGAGUAUUUUUAUUUGUUUGUCUUUGUGUUCAUAUUACUUUGAGUUUUCUUGAUUAUUAUUCCAUGCUUUUGUUACUUGUUAAUUACUAAGCUUUCCAGAGAAGCUUCAUGAGUAACGUUUUGUCAUCAACACAGUAAUCUCAAUCUAGACCAGACUUUGACCAGCUGCCACCCCCCAUCUCAGUUUUUAGCUCUGAACUUAUCAUUGAGAACUGCUAUCAAAUUUAAGACUAGUUAUUAUUUAUAUCCUUCUCAACUUGACCUGGAAUACAUAUUAUUGUUGCACCAAGAAAUAUGCAGGGGGCGGGGGAAGGCUUCACAUGACAAAUUAUUCCCAUUCUGGCCAUAAUAUAGAGAACUGCUUAUUGCACAAAUCUCUCCCCACAAGCAUCUCCAUACUUUUGUCAUCAACGGUCAAUGAAUUGGGGCAGGGGCAGAAAGACUAAUAAUGUGGUCCAUGUGGUAAAUAUUUAAAUGUGUUAUGGCAGGAUCCCUUGACAAAGGGAGAUGGGUUUAACAGUUUGGCAAUUUUUAUUUAUGCUUCAUCCCUGCAUAUCUCCUUAAAAACUGUGAGAGUGACUUGAGAGACUGUAUCCCCAAGUAUCUUAGGCUAUGCACACACUCCUAUUUACUUGAUAUUAAUUGUUGUUGUUGUUAAUACCACGCCCAUCUGACUGGGUUGCCCCAGCCACUUUGGACAGCUUCCAACAAAUGUACUCCCACCGCUGGCUUUGGAAAUGGUGUAUAUACACACUAGCUAGUCCAUUUCUAUCCUGCAUCUAUCCUGUUGUUUCUAAUGAAACACUGUGUUUUGAUGUGUUUCCCCCACAAACCAGCUUUGAUUUGAAUUGAGGAAAAAUAAUGACCUAGGUGUGUUUUAAGCAGGUAAUGAGUCAACAGGCUGAGUUUCCAAUGAAAUACUUUCCUUUGUGACCAUUAAAUUCUCUGGAAUUGCCAUGCUUAGCCAACAUAGAAGGGCAUUGUUGACAGUGGCAGGGUGUGUGUGUGUGUGUGUGUGUGUGUGGAUAUAUCAAACUAUCUGAAUAAGUCUUUGAUUGCAUAGCAAAUGUUAUUAGGUCCAGAAGAUGCUGCCAGUUGGCUUUAUUCAGUACAAAGGUGGUUAGUUCUGUCCUAGAAACCUUCUCUCUCUCUCCUACAGCUAUUCAUAUGUUUAGUGCUCUAGUAUUCAAGGUCUGUUCAGUCUUCUAAACCUGUCCUCUUCAUUUUCAAGAAAUACUUUGUCUAAGGAAGCAGGCUAAUGCAUGUGAAAGCUAGUGCCACAGUAAAGCAAUUCAUUACAUUGCAUAUGAAAGGUAGUGCCACCAUUGCAUAUGAAAGGUAGUGCCACAAACUAUUUGUUUCUUAGAAGUGAUUGUCCUCUAAGGCAGGCAAAUCCUUUUGCUGCUACAAUGGUUACUGUUCUGGAAUUUGCCCCAUAAUCAGUGGGCCCCUCCUUAGUGGUAGAAAUGAACAAUGGGAGAGAAAUAAAGAGCAAUGUGUUAAGGAUCUGUGCUGAGGACUGAUGCUAUUUAACAUUUAUAAAUGAUCUGGAGCUGGGGAAGCAGUCAAGUUUGCAGAUGGUGAAAAUCCAAGUAGACUGCGAUCUACUUCAAAAGGAUCUCUCCAAUUUACAUAAUGGGCAACAAAAUGGCAAAUAAUGAGAAGUUUCACUGUAAUGUAGUGUAUGCACAUGGGGGAGCAACUUAAAAUACAGUAUAGGCUGAUGGGAUCAGAACAGGAUGCGACUACUCAGGAAAAAGACCUUGGGACAUAGUCAAUGAAAACAUCAACUCAUUGGGCAGCAAUUGUUAAAAAGGCAACUUUUGUGUUAGAGAUGCUUAGGGAAAGGGUUGAGAAUAAAAUGCUUAGUAUCAUGCCAUUUCAGAAAACUAUAAUAUAAUAACAUAAGAUUCUUUUCUGCUUUUGUUUCAAGAGAUAGGUAACAUGACUAUAUCUCUGGAAAUUUAGAAUCUUGUGUGCAGUACUGCACUGUGCAGAGAUGGUUACUCUAACUAAAAAACAAUUGUAUUAGUGCUGAAAAGGUGCUUCAUUAAAACUGUUGUAAGCAGCCACGUAUAAGCAAUGGAAAGCAGUGUCCCAAACAUAAAUGCAAAUAAGUCAUGUUUAUUUCAUCACACUUGCUUCUGAAUGAACUAGCUUAGAAUGAACUAUGCCAUGCUUCUUAGACUGUGUAUUAUUCUGUAUCCAGUGGAAUCCCACUACUGGUUUGCAAGCAAUGCACACAUGACAUUAGCCACACUCCAUGUCUAUCCUGUGUUCAUCUUGUUUCUUAUGAAAUACUGGCUAUGUGCACACUAGCAGAUUCAAGCACAGCAAGGUAAUUUCCAUCUGAUGUGUUGCAAGUUACACAUUUGCACAUGCUGUACACACCACAGAGGAGCAGAGAUGUCUCUGCCCGGUACGCCUUACCUGUUUAGUUUCCCUGCACCUACAAGCAAAAAAACACCACCACCCACCCUACAAACUCCUGUUCAUCUCUGCACACACAAUGACUGUCUCAAAUGUUCACACUUCAGGUUAACUGCAGUGAUUAUGGAUUAUGUUUUCAAAUUGGAUAGAAUCUGGUUUGAAGGGAAACACAUCAAACUGCAUUUGUCAAGAAACUACAGGAUAUGGGCUAUAGGUAGCAUAACAUUUACAUGACUUCAAUACUAGCAGUGGGGGCUAGUGCAAUGUGUACACAUCCACUGUAUUUUGAUGCAUUCCCCCCUCAAACCAGCUUCAAUCUGAAUUGAGAAAAUGAAAGACUUGUGUUUUAAGCUAGUAAUGAGUAUAUAGCCAUAGUAAGGUUACCAGAUUUUUUUCAAUGAAUCCGGGGACACUCUAAAUAAAUAAAUAAAUACUACACGUUUGGGACAUUGAUGCUGCAGUGAUGGCGGUGGCAGAGGGGCGGCUGCCACCUUGACCUCAACCGCCACAUUUCCCCUUCCUCUGAGGCUUCUAUCUCCUUUCUCCAUGAGCCUGGGCAGCCCCUGAGUUGUUGGUUCUUUGGUGGUGGUGGUGAAGUAGUGCGCGGUGGAUCAGGCAUGGAAGGCUUGAGGAGGGCCGAGAGCAGCGGCGGUGAGGCUCAGGCAGCGCGAUGCCUCCCUUCCCAUUGGAGCAGCCCCAAUCCCAUUCCUACUUGCGUGCAAGCAGGAGGGGUGGGGAUCCCUCAGCUGAGAAGGGAGGAUUCCCGUUGCCUAACUGAGAGAUCCCUGCCCCCUCAUCCUUGCACGCAAGAUCUGAUAGGCAGCGUGAAGCCUACUUUCACAGCUGAGAUAUCCCUGCCCCGCUCCUGCUUGCAUGCAAGUAGGAGUUGGGAGGCUGCUCCGAUAGGCAGCAUGAUGCCUCCCUUCACAGCUUAGUUCCUGGGGUCAGGGAAGGUGGAGGCAGCCCGGAAGCUGCAUCUGAGAGCCCCUGCACCACCAUCAUAUGGGGACUUCCAAGCAGCUCCUGAAGCCAGCCAGAGCCAACUGCUACGGGCUGCUGAGACUGCCCUGCUGCGUUUCCCGGGGACAUUAGAUGAAAUCCGGGGACAUUCCACGGAUGGAAUUUGUCCGAAGACUUAUUCGCAAAUCUGGGGACUGUCCCCGGGAAACGGAGACAUCUGGUAACCCUAAGCCAUAGUCCACUUACUUGGACACCACAUACCUGUAUAACCAGUGCUGGAUUACCCAAUAGGCAGACCCAUUUUGUGCGUAGGGAACCAGCAAAGCAGGAGUGCAAAUUUGUGUGUGUGUGUGCACCUGCACCUGCAUGAGGAGAUCAGAUCCUGUCAUAUGCUGCAAUAAAUUUAUGGGAUUUUUAAACUUUCAUUUCAUUUCAUUUCAUUUUGUAUUACAUAUGGGGGGGCGGGCACUGUAAUAUUUUCAGUGUUUAGGGCCCCUAAAGGUCAUAAUCUGCCCCUACAUAUCUCUGAAAACAAGAUCCCCUUCCCUGCAUAGAUUCUGCUUUUUGUUUCCCUAAACCAGCAAAUUGGCUACAUUGCUGAUAUAGAUGCCAGAGGCUAUCACAGUAUUUUCUGCUGUUGUUUUUGCUUUUUGCAGCUGCAAACAUUUAGCCAUUGCACCACUACCAAUUUACAGCCUCUUUUUUUUCUCACAGCCUUGAAAAGAGGCAAAACAGCAGCUGCAGAAUGCAAUGGGAGUAUUGCAAGAUAGCAUGGCAAUGCGGAGCCUUUAUCAGCUCCAUUGAGAGAUCUGGGAUUCCACAGGGACGUAAUCCUAUUCGUGGGAACCCCGUCUUUGGAACCAACAGCGGGCGGCGGGGCUAUUGCAGCCAGAGCCGUCCUCAAGGCCCUUCCUUGGAAACGGAUGUUGCGCCUUGCCAUUCUGCAGGACGGCGCUUCCUCCAUUCAUAUGGCAAAGCGAUGCGCAACAAUGCCUGGCGGCAUUCCUCUCCCUGCCAAGCGCGCACUGCGUGAUCCCUAGGAAUAGAAUAUGCCCCUGGCUUGUCAGGAGGAAGCCGGAGCGUAAGGAGCAAGAGGUCAUGAAAUGACAAUGGAGAAGUGGGGGGGGGGGGGUUGCAGAUCUGAAAGCCUCUGCUGCAAAGAACAUUCUGGUAGGGGGAAAAGAAAGUUUGCAGGGGUGGAGUGGCAAGGAGGUCUCUCCUCCCCUAUGAUGGCAGCUGCCUCGCGUGGCCUGGAGGGAGGCAUCAGUCAGCCUAGCAGACCAGACCUCCUCCUUCCACCUUCCCGAGGAGGAGGAGGAUCCGGGCCCCGGCUCCGCCUCUCCGCAGCUCUCGCCGCCGCACAUUCAUUCGCCUCUCUGCAGCCGGGAGCCUGGAGGAGCCUAGCCAGGGGGAGGGGAGGCUGCUUUGCUGGGCUCGGUGCUGCCGCUGGGUGAUCCAGCCUGCUCCCGGGCUGCGAGCGCGAGAGAGCCCUCCCCUCCCUCCCUCCGAGCUCCCCGCCUUGCAGCAGCCAGAUUCCCCCACCGGCACUUCGGAUCCCCUCCGCUCCUCCGUUCCUCCCAUCCCCGGAUCCGGACACAUGGAACUGCUGUGCGUGGAGGGGGUGAUCCGGGCCAAGCGGGAUCCGCAGCUGCUAAGGGACCGCCGGGUCCUGCAGAACCUCCUGAGUCAGGAAGAGCGCUACAGCCCCCGGGUCUCCUAUUUCCAGUGCGUGCAGAAGGAGAUCCAGCCCUACAUGCGGAAGAUGUUGGCUUUUUGGAUGUUGGAGGUCUGUGCCGGGAUCCCGUUGCCCCCCCUCCCCCUCAUGCCCUGCGUCGUCCCUUCCGCUCGCGGGAUCAGAUCCCGGCUCGCACGACACCCUUUCCCUUACUUCCCAUUAAGGCCGGGUUUACUCUGGAGUAAGGCUCUCUGGGUUGCCCUGGGCGAGGACAUCUAGGAUCACAGCCCGAUCCUGGGCGUACUUACUCUGGAGUAAAUCUCGUGCAGUUCAAUGGAACUGGCGCCCCUAGGUGAAGUGCGCGUUGGAUUGAGGCCUUGCGAUCGGCUGGAUCCGGCGAGAGAGCCGGGGUGGGGGAUUCAACCUCUUCUGAAAACCGGGUAGGGGGACGUUUUGGAGCAGUAGGUGAGGGGGAUCGAAGACUUAUUAUAACCGGAACCGAUGCGUCUUAAAACAGGCGGGUACGUGGGCCAGCUUGCCUGGGUUGGAGAGAGGCCGGUGGGUCGUGAUGAGCGUGGAUGGGAAUGACUGAAGCAGAGCUCCAAGAGGCCUGUGUGUCCCCCUCCGGUUCUGUCUUUCGGUGCAGGGGCAGUUCAAAAGCACCCUGGCAUGCACCUUUCCUCCGCAGUGUGCAACGUGACCUCUAGGGGUCGCCAGUCGCUCGCCCGGUUCGUGCGCAAGAUCAUGGGGUUGAUUAAUCUCCCCGCAGUUAAAAUCUACAAAUUGACAAAACGAGGGUCAGGAUGAAGAGGCAGCGGCAAGGGAGGCUGCGAGUACAGGGUGACACAAAUACUAAGAUCAUCUCCACCUUGGGGGGGGGGGGCUAUUUUAAACGUAUUGCAUCAAAAGUAAAAGUUGGGUAAAGGUUUGCUCCGCAUGUCAGGCAAAUAAAUGUUGUGGGUUAGUAUCAGAAAUGGAACUGGGGUAGGUUCGCUGCCUUAAUUCAGGUUGCACUGCUUUGCAGCAGGCAGAAGUUCAACAGGCAAAGCUUUCCCAGACUUGGAAAUGGAGAGAGCAGCACUUGUUGAAGAGCCUACGGGAGACAGGGCUGUUAUGCUUGCCUUGCAGUUGGUUUCUUUAAGAGACAAGUGCUGUGUGGAUGCACAUAUUUCCCCCCCCCCCCUUCUCCCUGCAAACAAUUGCUCUUGAAAAGUAUUCAGAAUAAAUUGUCAUUUGUCCUCUGUGUCAGGAAGUUAAUAAAUUCAGGCUUGUAAAAAGUAGCUUUCCCAAUUGCCUGUGGCAGGUAAGAGUGGCCUCCAUAGAAAGUAAUUGAUUCCCUAAAGUACACUUUUUGGCUGUCCUUGUAGGCAGGUAGACUAAUAAAGAGUUUUUGGUUUUUGAAGUAUGACAUUUUGUUGGUUUAUUUGUAGGGCUGGGCUAUUGUUUUUUUAAUUUCAUAGAUAUUUAAAACGGAUGACUGAGGUUAAUAUCAAAAUCUUAGAAAGUUUCUCCUUUAUUGCACCCAUUUUACAGAAGUGUAAAUUGCUUCAGUGUCACUUAAAGAAAAAUGAUGAAGCAAAAAUGGCAGCAGAUCCAUACAAAAAGUGCCUCAUAGGAUAUAGGAAAACUGCCAGCAAAGAAAAAUGGGCUUCUGCAAAAGGAGAAACCUCAGUGUUUCAUUUACUAAGCUGACAUAAUUCAGUGUGGGCAGCGCCUUGGUAACAGUCUAGCCAGUGGUCGGAAUAAGGGACUGGAAGUCAGAAGUUUUUUUGGUUUGCAUUUGAGGAGAAAGGUCUUAGUUAAUACAGUGCUGUCUUCAUCUGAUGGCUUCCUUUGGGCAAGCACCAGUCAAAUCAAUGGCACAAGUCUUAAGAGGUUGAAGGCUGGGCUCAUAUUGUUUUGCAGCCAGAGGAAUUUGGGAUAAGAUGGGUCUGAAUGGUUGGGCUCUUACUCAUUGUGUGUGAGAUGCUACCAGCAUUUUCAAACCCCAAUUCCUCACUCUAUAUUCAAAAUCUGAAACAUUUGGACUUCUGUACUCCAUACAUGAAACUUGAAUAUAUGGAAUCUGAGGGUGCUCAUUGCCUCUGCUAGGUAAAUGCUCCAGGGAUUGUUCUGUUGUUGUUUUUAUUAAUGUUGUUAGUUCCCUUGACUUUGUUUGGUGGAAAGGUGGGGUUAUGAUUAAUAAAAAGGGAGGCUUACUAAGUUGGUUUGUUAAUAUGCCUAUUUUACAGAGCAGUAAAUUGCCUCACUGUCUCUUCAAGAAAAAUAAAGAGGUAAAAUAUAAAUCAAUAAAUCAGAGUGCUACAACAGCAUGGUUUAAGUAGUUAAUAUCAUAAAAUCACCGUAUGACAUGGAUAUUUUCUGUUAGAAAAUGCUACAAAUCCUUCUUUAAAGAACUGAAAAUUACAGUACCUCAGUGUCUUGUAUCAACUUUUAUGUGUUUUUACAGGUUCCUAUGGAGAAGGGAACUAUUCCCAUUUUACAGAAAAUAUAGUAUGGCUCAGUGAAGUCACUAAGUUUGUCUUGCUUUCUCUUUGCACCUUAAUAGCAACUAUUUUUGAAACCUUCAUACAGAGGCUACAGUGGAUGGCUGUUUCAUUUAUAAACCCUCUUUUUUGUUGUUUUUGUCAGGUUUGUGAGGAACAGAAGUGCGAAGAAGAGGUUUUCCCCUUGGCCAUGAAUUACGUGGAUCGUUACCUGUCCUGUGUCCCCACCCGCAAAAACCACUUGCAGCUUCUUGGGGCUGUGUGUAUGCUCCUGGCCUCCAAGCUGCGAGAAACCAUGCCUUUAACAGUGGAGAAACUCUGCAUUUACACAGACAAUUCCAUCACCCCGCGUGAAGUUUUGGUAAGCUGUUUCUUCCUCUUCAGUUACAAGAUUCCUUCUCCCUGUUUCCACAGGCCUACUUUCGCUGCCACUGAAUCAUGGAUUGGCGCUCUAGUUGCUGUUUUCCAUGCAUCCUAUAUGUUUCCUUUCUCUUGCUACACCCAAGUAGACAUGAUGCUUUUCCAUGCCUGUGGGAACCACAAUUUUUCUAUUCUUGAUUACGUCCCCAUCGUAAUAACUCACCUGUUGAUUAUUUUGUAUGCACAGUUCACCUGAGAUUUCACUCAUCCCAUUUAACCAGGUUUGUUUGUUUGUUUGUUUGUUUGUUUUAAAUAAUCUUUAUUACUUUUAAACCUUACAAAAAGGAGAAAAGAAAAGAAGAAAAAAAGGAAAAGCAAAAAAACCAAAAAAAUACAGUACAAUAUAUAAUCAAUACACAACACAACAUUAACAUUAACACAUUAAACAAAACAAGAGCAGAAACAAUUCAAAAAACACACAUCAUACCAUCUCAUAUCCUCUCUUUCAUUCCCUUGUUUCAUCGACCUCCUCUCACCUCCCUUUUUGUAUUUCAUUUCUAUUAAUUAUUUCAGCAAAUCCUUUCCAUCUUUCUCUAUUUUCUGUCAUGUGAUUAUCUUAACAUAUUUUAACCUUAUUUUCCAUUAAUACUAUAAUACUUAUUUAUGCUUAAUUCCUUAAAACAUUUCUACUAAAGCCGUAUAAUUCCCUCCCAACAUUUUUCUAACACUCAUUAAUUUUACAUUAUUUCCAUAUAUAGAUUUUAAACUUUUUCCAAUAUUCUUCCACCGUCUCUUCUCCCUGGUCUCGGAUUCUGCCAGUCAUUUCCGUCAAUUCCAUAUAGUCCAUCAACCUGGUGAUCUUCUGUCCGAGGCUCUUAACUCUUUUCCAAGUCCAUUUAACCAGGUUUGUUCCCAAUGCACAAUUUAUAUUGGAAAGAAGCCUGUGCCCCUCUCAUAUUCUCUUGCAAUGAGCAAGGAAUUGUGCAGGAUGCAGUGUUUGAAGAGGACACACUAGCUAACCAAUUCUAUUUGGGACAGAACAUGCUACUCUGAAUCCAGUAACUGUUUGCACUGUCCCUUUGAUGUUGGCUGCCCUGGAAUGUUUGGGACAAACACUGAAUUUUGCAGAGGUAGCAAAAUCUGAUUUACCGAACUGAACGGUCAUUGUUGAAGUGCAGACAUUAUAGCAGCAUUGCCAUUGCCAGUAGCAGGUCUAGUUGUGAAUCAGUAGCAUGAUGAACAGGCAUAAAUGUAUCCUAUGGAAAAUGGUACUUCUUCAGUAGAGCUUCCAUAAGUAUGGGCAGGAUGCUCUGUUCUCAAGGUAUGGCCAUAUUCUCUGGAGAUGAUCUGAUGGCAAAUAGGUAAGUCAUCAGUUGUUAGACUAAGGCUACAAUUCUGUACCUACUUACCUGGAUGUAAGCACCAUUCAACUCAAUGGGUCAUACUUCUGAGAAGACAUGCAUGGGAUUCUGCUGUGAGCGCGAAUCUAAAUUUUUAGCCAAUGACGGGUGCACUGGUUAAUAACCUGACAGUUCUUUCAAACUGCGGACUUCAUAUUAAUGCAAUGCAUGUUCUGAAAAUGUUAAAAAAGGAGUCCAAAGAUUCUCUGCUGCUGAGUUUUCACUGGAUCUUCUGACUGAACCUUUUGGAUUGAAUGUGGUGCUGGACUUCUAGAGACCAAAAGCCUCUAUUGGGAGGCACGUUAAAUUCAAGCAUGAGUUGCAGUGUUACUUACAGCCCUAUCUUAUGCAUGUUUGCUAAGAGGUAAGUCCUUCCUCCUGUGUACAGAAGGCCUUCCUCCCUAAUAAUUGCAUUUAGGAUUGAGAGCCUAAUUAGGGGUGAAAGAUUGGCUGGUUUGUCAGGGCAGUGAAGAGCUCUUAGCAUUUAGAACAAAUCCCCUUGGGAAAGGAAAGUUGUGUCUUCUCUUUGAGGGACUUCUGCAGGACUGUACUUCUUUAGGAGACUGCAAUCCGUUGACAUCAGCAGGAUGGAUUGAUUUAAAUCAGGGACAUUUAAACCACCAAAGCAAAGGGACUAAACAACUGAUUUAAACCAAAUUUCCAACUUCCUAAUUCAUAUAUUUCCUGAACAUAUAAACAUUCUACUUGGUUGCUUUUAAGCAUUAAAACAUAAUCAGUUUGCCACUAAAUAGGGCUUCUAUACAUAAUACAGCAUCUCUAGUCUUGCUUUUAUAAUCUUUAGGACAGCAUUUUUCUGUUUAGCUUUAUAAACAUGUAAACAAAAUCAUUCACAUAAUACAAAAUCUCUGGUUUCCCAUUUUCCACUACAGAAUUUAUUUUAGGUAUGAUUUCUGUUUUGCUGUCCUUAUGCACAUGUAAGGAACCUAAGCAAAAUUGUUUACUUGAAGACUACGUAACCAGGAUUUUGCUUAAGCAAGGGCUGGAAAUUAUGCUUGAAAGGCUGGGGAUAAAUAUUCACAAUUUGCACAAUAAAAAAUAUAAUGCAUGGCCCAUUGGGUCAUGCUUAAACUUUUGAUUUCCAAAGUAGUGUUUUGUUCUUCUGUCAUUCUUAAUAGAGAAGUAGAUUAACAAUAUUCUUGAUAAAGUGUGGUGGAUUUACUUUUAAAAGAUGAUGAGUGUAGCCUUUUAAUGUGCUUGUUUGUAUUACAUUCAGAUACCAUUUUAUAUUGUGUGUGUUUUAGAUGAUACUUAAUGUAACUGAAAUCCAGGCAGAACAAUCCUAAGCCUAAGUUGGAAAUGUGGGGGGCCACCACAUCCAAAGCUCUGCUGCUUCUGCUGACCAGGGCAAAAGGAGGCCGGUUGUAUUUCAUUUUUUGCUGUACCAUCUCUAGAUUGGCACAGUUGAGGGCCCCAUGCCAGGCCCCUUUCAUGAGAAUGGAAUUGCUUAGGAUCCAGCCCUAUCCCACCCCUGUAACGCUCAGUUUCAGGACCCUACCCUGGCUACCCCUAGCAGAGUAGCAUUCAGUCUGCCAUGUUUUGUGCAGCAGUGGCAGCUAUAUCCCAACCCACAGAUUGUGGGGCUAGGCUUAUGCAGUUAAUUUUUUGUAAUCUGAUUUAAAUAUUUUAAAAUCUGGCUUUAUAUAUACAUCCACUUUUUGACUGCAGUGCAUGUCACUCAGUGUGCCAGAUGUUCUUUCAGAAAGGUUGCCUAUAGAGGCAAACAUUGGUAAUCACCACCUGGUUGGAAUUUUCUGAAAGGAGGCUGAGAUGAUCUGUGAAUGACCUUGUCUGACAAAUUAGAAUGUGUGGGUAGAGAAGAACAGAGAUAUGAUGUCAGAGCAGUUAGGAUUUUUCUUAAUGCAGAUGCAAGCAGGGGAAUCCCCAUGGCUUCCAUGGGCCUUCCUUUUUAGUACAGGCUAGGUGGUUGCAGGUUUGCUUGUACAGAAAGCAUUGCUGGGUUUUAAUAGGCCGGGGCUAGUCAUUGUAGUGCCCUCCAGAUGUUUUGCCCCAGCCAGAAGGCUGAUGAACAGGGAUGAUGGGUGUUGUAGUACAGAACAUCUGGAGGGCACCAUGCUGGCUACCGCUGUACUACGUGUUCACGGGGGUGGGGAGGUUCUGCCCCGUUAGUGUUCAAAAGUUUCUCUAGCAAGGUAUCUAGGUCUGCUGUGAAUUUAAAUUUCAUACUUGUCUGUACCUUUGGUCCUAAUCUUGUAGGAUGGGCCAUGCAAGCAGUUCCUGUUCACUCAUGAAUGCCUCUAAUUCAUCUUGAUAUCUGAUUGAAUAAUAAUAAUAAUAAUAAUAAUAAAUAUGCCACCCAUCUGGCUGGGUUGCCCCAGCUACUCUGGGCUGUUAAUACUCCUUUGAACCUGCAAAGAUGGGGGAUGUUGUAGAAGCAACAGAUAGCUGAGUACAACCAUUGCUACUAAGACAAAGAUUCUGCUCAUUGGGUACUAUAGAGCAAGAAAAUAGUUGUAAGAAGAAUGAGAAGGUUCCUCUUGACUCAGCUUCCUCCCACUUCAGUUAGGAGUCCAGACUAGGCAGUGUUCUUAGGCCAAGUGUGUUGAUCAGAUAUAAAGAAGCAGCUUUCAAUGUUUUGAGACUGGCCACCUUUGCCCAUUGGAAAACUAUGCAUUGUGGCCAUAUUUCUGGUUGUGAGCUACAGCUGCCUGUCUCCAGGAGUAAGAAGAAAAGGUGGGUUUCUCUAUUUAAAGGCAUCACACAUGCUAGGAAGCGGAUCUUUAACACAAGAUGAACCCAGAGUCGCUGUACAUUGCCUAGUGCAGAAACAAAAUAGAAGAUUUCUGUUAUUAGAAGCCAGUGGGUGAACAACCAGGAGACCAGGUUGCGAUGGUAAUUUGUCCCUUGAUCCCAGACCUGCACUUGAAACACUGGUCUUCAGGAAGGGACUCUCAGGUGACUGAGGGUCAGUGGCUCCCUUGGGGAACGCUUGGGUGGCAUCUGCCCCUGGGACUGAGAGUGUUAAUGCUUCACUUACACAACCGCAGAGAUCUGCUACUUCCCUCCUGUGUGCUAAUAAUGUCCCGUGCUUCUCUACUUUCACAACGGGGCAGUGAGAGUGAUCCAGGGAUAGGAAGGAGAAAGCGUCUUCAUCAAGGUUUGGACAAUGGCUACAUCCUGGUGCCUUAUCAGGAUGUAGCAUCAAGCCAGCUCCUCAGCCGCUUCUGGAAGGAAAGCUGCCUCACUUUCCCAGUAGGUCAAUUUCCUCUUGCAGAAAAGGAGGAUGCCUGCUUGACAGCAGCUCAGCAUUCAAGAUCAUGAUGAAGUUAUUCUUAGCAGGAGGAAAUGAUGCAACAAGGAAUUUAUCCACUUGAAGGAAGCCGGGUUUCCGUCCACGGGUAUUAUCUAAGUUGCCUUGCACUUCAUUCAUUCAGCCAAUUUGCUGCGUUCACAUUUAGCUGCAGAGAUGGCUAGAGGAGCAUUUCAUGUCAACAUGUCACAAGGUCUUUGGCUUGAUGGGAUCUGCUUUCACAGUUCAUUCAAUAACCAUCUGGUCUGCCUAGCACUUGGGAUUUUUGCUCUCUAAGAUGCUCUGGACUGCUCCAUAGAUAUCAGAGACUGUUUCUUCCCAAAGAUCAUAAGCUGUGGCAUCACCAUGGGGAGCAAGAAAACUUUCCCAGUGUUUUAGAAAUCUGUUGUGCUUCAAUUGGCUCUUUAUGAACUUCCCUGGGCAUGAAGUGGUAGAAUGAACUGUUCUACUUCAGGUUACAAAGAAUGUGUGCAUGUCACAUUUUUAAUGCUCCCCAAUAAAAAACAUUCCCUACAAAUAGGGAACAAAGCAUAACAAUAAGAGAGGGCUAACUUAGGAUCUUUCUCUCUGAUACGCUAGUAUUUUUAUCUAUAAAGGCACCACAUAUAUUCAAGCAGAAUAUUUGUGGCGAAUAUUUACAUUGGAGAGCAUUUAAAAAAUGGCACCCCUCCGCCUGCAGCCUGAUGGUCCAUCUGCUACUUCAGGAUUCUAUCGCUUCAUUCAUCUGCCUGCAAAAACCAGGCAGCUUCUGUUUCUUAAGGCUACCCAGUACGCACACUUCUUUUUCAACUUGGUAAUGUGGAUGUGGGUGCUGACUGUACCCUAAGCUAUGAAGGGUACUGCUUGAAGUGGUUUCAGUUUUCACCAAGGAUUAUAGCACCUUUAGCUUUCCUUUCUUGCAGAAGAGGCAACAGUGCACAUUCAACUGAAGUUUCCUAUUUGCACAAUGGACUCCUUUCCUCCCUGUUUCACUAUCUCUUGCUGAGUAGGUUGGGUGGCAAACUGCAUUUGGGAUAGUUGUCCUUUUCUGCAGUUUUUUCUGGUAGUUUGAUGUGUGGAUAUGCUGUUUUUGAUGUGAAGAGGGAAUCUGUUCCAUAAAGUAACACAUGGUGUAAAAUUGCACUGUCAGAGUGCCUUUGGGACAUCUUCAGAAUCUGGAUUUUAAACCCAAAGAAUUUAAGAGGUGUCUCUGUGACGUAGCGCUGUCCAUAUAUCUGUGGCUCACAGUAGCUGCUGCUAUCCCAGUCCCAGUCACCAUGUCUCCCAAGUGGCUGAUCGUGCAGCUGUAGCAUCAUAAGAAAACAUGGUGGCUGGAGCUGGCCUAGUGGCAGCCACUGCAGGCUUUUGGAGAAAGGUGGGAGAGACCAAUGGGUGGUGAAGGCGGGCAAGAACCAGAGAGCCAGUUGGAGAUGCUUUAGAGGCCUGAUGCAGCUCAUCAGCUGCCUAUUGAGAAAUGUCUAUAGAGGAAGUUGUGGUAUUGAAAGUAAACUAAGGGUUCCAUGGAAAAAAAUGUAGAAAGAAAUCUUGAUGAGAAAGCAAGGGCAGACAUGCGCAAAGUAUAUUCCAGAACGUUGUGUGUUUAGCCCUGUCCAAGAUUCAGAAGGGGUCAUGUGCAAAUUCCACAUAAGUUGUCCAGGUCUGUAUUUUUCCCCUCUCCAGGGAUUUUGAUACAGAAGAAAUGCAAAACUGCUCUUGAAUCGCUCUGGGAUUGAUCCAGAGUAAAUUAGUUGCCCUUGGAUCCCAGUAAAAUCAACACAACUUGUUAGUCAUGGCUUAAAACUUUGUUCCCAUUGAAGCAAAUGGGAUCUAACUGCAAUGUACUCCGUUUGGAUCCAGCUUUCUUGAGUUUAGAAUGCAGUUUGGGCUUUAGGCACAAAAUCUGCUGAUUGGGCAAAUUGGAGGGGAGACACGUGCAUGCAGAAUGCCACAAUUUCUCCCUUAAAUGGCUUUUGUGUCAGAUCUCUGCAUUAGUUUUAAACUUAAGGAAUUUAGCAGUUUGCGGUGUUGGAGCGGGGGCACCUCCACAGGAGGAAACGGGGGUAAAGUGGGUGUUUGGGGUAGGGGCUUUCUGUUCACAGCUAUGCAAGCAUUCAGGUCCCCUGUCGCUAUCUGAAGAACUGCAGUGGUAGUUAUGUAACAUCACUGCUGUCCGGCAUGCUCAGUUUUCUGUUCUGUGUUGGUGGUUGUUUUCUUUUAAGUGACCCAAACUGAGCCUGUGAAGUGUCAGGGGAAAGUUCAGGAAAAGGAUGUUUGCUGUUUUGAGCAAAGUGCUGUAGCUCCUCUGUUCCCUUUCCAUUUGCCAGGGUUGCUUCUUCCUGCAACUAAAGCAGUUUGGAAACUGCCAUGAACUGGCAUUGCUACAAGUGGAAGAAGGCAAUAAAAAUGGGAUACCAUUUUAAGCAAAAGAGGAAGGCAGCUUUCUUGCUGCUGACCCCAAAAGCACCUGAACUUCUGAAGUGUUGGGUCUUGAUAAUAUUAAUAACACUUGCACACCUUGCAUCAUGGAGUUUCUGUGAAUGUUAGCCGAGAGUGCAGUUUGCUCUCCACAGGGCUAGUGCACCAGUCCACUUUGAUGUGUCUAAUUGACUAUUCUGUGCUUAGAUGAGAAAACAUUGGUGGGUUUGGAUGUUGUAUAGCUCUGCUUUCUACUCAAACCUGUAAAUUCAUUCCUUAGGAGAGUAGAGAGGAAGAGUGGUCAACAUAUACCAUGAGCAAUAGCAGAAGGCAUACUUGCCUGCAAUUCCAACUAAAGGACGGAAGAGGGCAGAGAGGAAUUGGCCACAUUCUCAUGUCACACUCACUACAGUUCUGUAUGACAUGUGUGGGACAGAGUGAGCCUCAUGUUUGGCCAUUCUCCUGUCCUGCCAAGUGGCCAGGGGGAGUUCAGAAAUGUUUACCUCCACUCUUGCUUAACUCCUGUUUGUUGUGUCAUCCAGACCAGCAAACUGAGGUUUAUACUAACUGCAGUUACUUUCAAACAAGCCAGCUACAAACCACGGUGGCUGAAGCUGGCUUGUUUAAACUAACCAUAGUUCUGGGUCUGGACAACAUGGCAUUCUGUGGUUAAUCAAGGGCAGAAGUUAUGAAGGGAGUAGUGUACAAGCUGCAGUUCUUGGCUAAUACAUCAAGCCACUGUCUGAUCUCUGUUUUGCAGCAGGAUUAAAUAUCUUCCUAUCUUUAUGAAUGCUAGCAGAUCCCACAUUAUCUCCACAGGACUAUCCCAGCAAAGCAGGCCCCUUGCAUCCCUGAUCAUUGGCUGUUGUAACCUUUUGUUGAUACGUCUUACGAAAUACUUCACGUGUCUUUUGAACCACUGUUGUGUUGUAGUGUGAAGUUGGUCAAAAGCCCAUUCUGUUUUAACACUCUCUUGUGUUUUCAUUCAGGACUGGGAGUUUUUAGUCCUUGAGAAACUAAAGUGGGACCUAGUGUCAGUGCUAGCCAAUGACUUCUUGGAUCAUAUUCUCCAGCGGCUCUCACUUCCCCAGCAGAAGGUGGACUUGGUGAAGAAGCAUGCACAGACGUUCAUUGCAUUGUGUGCUACAGGUAUGUCCUGUGACAGGUGACCUUCCCUGGAAUGGUGGAGCAUAGUUAAAUUACAGGCUAAAAUGAAACAGAACUUGAUUUUUAUCCCUAGCUAUACUAAACAAAUUAUCAGUGGCAUCUUAGGAUCUCAUUUUUCAGAGACACCCAGCUUUUUUCCCAUUGGUAGCAGAACCCUUGCCCUCUUUGGUUUCUCGUGACUGAAAGGCAAGGAUGAUGAAUAUUAGGCAAACUAUUGUUUAUAAGGUUUCCUUGUUGAAAUUUGUCACAAAAAGCCACAUUGCAUAUGAAAGACACGUCCACCCCAGCACUCUGCUCUCAGAAGCAUCUAGCAUUUGGCUACUAAAGUAAUUGGCUCUCCCUUGAUAGUCUUUUGGGCUGGGACAGUUUGUACAACUCCAUUGCAGAGUGCUGUCUUUGUUUGAUUUAAAUGAGAAUGCAAUGUGUAAGCCCACCAAAUAGAAUGGUAAAAUCCAUUUGUCCAUCUGAAGUUAACACCUCAACACGGUGGGGGUGGGAGCUCCUCUCAACUCACUUUCUUCCUUCACACGAGAAAUGCCUGAAGAGGACUUCAGCGUUCCUCCUGUCCAUUGGCCACUCCUGGAAAACCUGCUCAUAAUAUUCCGUUAGCAAACUAUUUCUGUAAGCUAAUGGAUUGCGUGCUUUUAAGAUACUGUAGCUGGAUGGUGGGAAGUCCUAGGACCUCUCAAGGGCAACAGGAAAGGCCUUGAUGGUAAUGUGGUUUUUUUGUGGGGUGCUGUUAUCACAAAUUGGCUGGAAGCUGUAGUGAGCAAAGAAUUUGUGUCAUCCUUUCUCCUGUCACCCUCUCUUCUUUCUCCUUGAAUUUGUAGAUUACACAUUUGCUAUGUAUCCCCCAUCCAUGAUUGCUACUGGAAGCAUUGGAGCGGCAGUCCAUGGCCUCUCUACCUCAUCCGAUGAUUUUUCUGGCGAGGAGCUUACGGAACUGCUUGCUAGCAUUACUGGCACAGAGGUGGUGAGUAUGGGCUCAGUGGGGAACAGGGCUCUGGUUCUGGGGAGUUGGGAUCCUGCUUGCAUUUUGCUUUUUGACUCAAGGCAAGCUUACUCUGGCUUCAUCUGCCCAAGUCCAGAGAUCUUGCUUUUACUUAUGAAGUGGCAUUUGGCAUCUCUCUGCAGAAACUAUUGCAUGGACUUAAUGCGCCUCAUCUUCUACCUGCCGAUCUCUUUGUUUUGGAGGCACACGACAGCCAUGCAGUAUUAUGAUGACGAUUAUUUCAAUCCAACCUUUAUGUUAAUUAGAUGUCCAAGGCAGCUAAUAAGGCCAGGAAAACCUGCAGCAAUAAAGCAUAUCACAUCAAUGAAUACAUUGUAAAAGUAGUAGCAUUAAGUCCAGGAAGUGCCUGAGCUGCAGCCACCUCUUUUUUUAAGUGUACAAAGCACAUGAGGAGAUGUAUGUUUGGAGAGAACCUCUGCUCCAUUCAUCUUGGUGGAGUAGCUGCUCUUUUGGGAAGAAAGGCUUCAGGGCUGAAAGUUGCUGUCUUAUUUUAUAACCUAAGUGCACACCUGUGAGGCAGGAAGGGCCCAUUAUAUCAGAGAGAAAUAAAUGGGGAAUGGGACAGACAUACUGUACGCAAGAUCAAGCAAGAGGGUCUGUGUCAAGGUAAGGCAAUUUGGGGGCAUAUUUCCUUAAUAUAUUCCGUGCCAGUGACUUAGUGUAAUCCUCUGCAGAAGUUGGCCCUCCUGAGUUCAUUGGCCUUGCUCUGCAGUAAGUGUGUCUUAGAACAGUAUUUUUAACCAGCCCCCAGGGCCCCCUGCCAUAUAAAAAUCAUUCAUUUCAUGUGAGAAGGGUGUUUUAUUAGCAAAAUUUAUAAUCCAUUUGAUUGUAAAUAGAACCCCCUUGCGGUUUACCAAAAACAAAAAUGUGGAAAUUGUUGUUAAAAUACAAUGUUAAAACAGGUAUUUACCGGUAAGUAUUUCAAACCGUAAUUAAAGUUACACUAAAACAAAUUAAAAUAUAUGUAAACUAAAUUGGUUUUAGCAGAUAGGCGAUUUCUUUUCCACAGAAAUUCAUAGCUGUACAUGUGGAGGGCUCUUAUUAUUACAUGCAGGCACCAGAAGGGCAUGGUCAGUGGGAACAGGGCUAGUAGAUGCAGUCCUCCUUUCACACAUUCACUCACUUAGUGCAUGGAAGGGGUGGGGAGAGAGAGAUGUCUGACAAGCCCCUAUUGUACCAUGUAUUGUGACAUUUCCAGCCUGGGCCCCCUUUGUUUCUCUUACCCUGUGGGUCUUCUGAUAGCGCCAUCAUAUUGUAGGCGCAGAGAGGGUAGAGUCAUAAGUAUCUGCAAUAUACUACCAUCCUUUGGAAUGAUCCUUUGGACAUGGACAGUUCUUGUGGUUCGGUUUAUCGUCCUGUUCAUGCUGCCCAAAAAUAUUGUGCAAGGUGUCCUGGAGUUCUGCAGCCUCUCCUUUCUGCGUCAAUCCUCCUUUGAUGGAUACAGCGUGAAAAGCUGCAGUGGAAGGAUAAAGCUGGGCAGCCCAGAUGUGGUAUGAGGGCAGUUCCAUAACCUGUGUUAUCCUAUUAGACAGAGUGGGGAAACUUUUUCAGCCGGAGGGCUGUGUUCCCUUUAUGGACAUCCUUUCAGGGGCCACAUACAAGCUCUGGCCCUGGCCAGAGGCAAAAUGGGUGGGGAACCAAAUGUAGAUUUCACUUUUGUACUGCAAGCUAUAUUCUACAAACGUUUGUAGCCCUCUUUAUCCUCCAUCCAGACAAGCAGGAGGCAUUAUUAGAGGAUGCAUUCCUGCAAAUGCUCAGGAUACAAAGCAGGGCCAGCUAGGGGCGUGGCCUGAGGAGGCUCCUAAGGCCUGGCAGAGAGGUGUGGAGGGCUGCAUUUCUUCCCCACCCCACCCCUGCUGUAAGAGCAGCCAUCCCAGCUUGUGACGUCAAGGACAAUGGACCUUUUUUCAGCAGCUUGGCGACUAAUUACUUAAUUUGGCACGAGAUUCUGCACGGAACAGCUUAUUUCAUCAUGUCCGGGUAUCCACUGAGAAGAGCCCAUUCUUUCUUAAACUCCCGUCUGAUGCGGAAGGGCUUGCAUCCUCCAGAAACGGAAGACACCGUUGGCUUUCUUCGCCUACUCAAUGCAGAGACUGCAUGGUUGGCAGGCUUUCCUCUCUAUCCUUCCCUCCCCCCCCCCUCCUGAUUCCCAAGCUAGUGUUCGCUUCUUGGUCCAGAGCCAGCGCAGCAAGUGGCUGUGUCUCUUUCCCUGACCGGUGGGGGUUGACAUGAAUUUGGCUGUUUCUCUAAAGCCCAACCACGUUUCCCAAAUGUGCCGUGCCAGCUCCUGGCCCGCUGCUGAAUGGGUGAUGGCUGCAGGAUGCAGGUGGCUCUCCUACCGAUGGCUUGCAUGAGGUCCCAGAUCAGUUGCUCCUCUUUGUCCCGGGUACACAGGAGGCCUUUGAAAAACAGCCAUUCACCUCAACGGACAGGUGUUAGGGAUUGGGCUGGCCGAUGGGGAAGGGAUAGAACCAGCUUAGCAUCUGUUCAUGUGGCGCAGUGUCAGAUUCCUGUCAGGGGCAAGCAUGGAGGCCAAAGAAGUUCAUUUCAAGCAGAAUUCCAGGGCCCUCCCUGGGUGCCAGAGGGGCAUCAGAGAGGAGGGGGAAGCUGGGCUUUUCGUGUCUCCCGCUACCUGGCGAAAGCUGAAGGGCGGAGCAAAGGCUCUGGGAUUGGACCUCUCCCGCAGAUCCAGCCAUCGCUGCUUGACAGUCAUGGAGCAGAAACUUAUCUCUUGCUGGGUUUUCUUUGGCUUCUUGCCCUAGUCUCUGAAUUGCCCGCAGCCAGCUGCUUGCAAGCUGCUGCUGUGAAUGAGGCGGAGUUUGAAUUCUGGUCCUGUGAGCAAAGUUGAUCGAAGACAGCAGAGAACAGGUGGGGAGAGGAUUACAAAAGUGACCCAUAAAGAGCAGAUUAGAAGCACUAAAAGUAGCCAAGGCUUGGUGCCACAAAGAAGCUCGGGCCUAGCCUACGUUGGAACACUGAGCUUAUCUUGCUGGCUGGGAGGGUCUUUCCCUUGCCCAGUUCCUUUUGGCUGCUCUUCUGCUCUUUGUGUCUUUUUGAAGUUAAUUAGAAGACAAGCUCAGGGUGAAGAUGCCUCUUUGUGGUGUCCCCUGCCAUCUCAUCUGCCAUGCCUAACAGGCUUUUGCUGAAGGUUCAGUGGGUAGGGGCUUCAAACUGUGGCUCUGUUCUCACUUGGUUGGCCCUCUUGAGGUGAAAAUGCUACUUCAUAUUAAAGAAGCAUACAUCACUAAAUUAUAUAUCUGGGUAGGCUUUCUGGUAUUUAUAUUAGGCCUGCCUCAUUUUAAUAGAUGCUUCCAUGAUGUUUUGCCUACAAAGGUACCAGUCCAAUUAAGAUGUUGUGCUUGGAGCCUACCAAGAAGUUUGGUUAAUAUCAGUCAAAGGGUUCAUGGUUUGGUUUUUUUUAUUACCUCUUGAGCUGUUGGUUACUGUGUAGGUUCCAGUGACCCAGAUAGUACCUUUUUCCCCCUCUGCCAGUUCAUCUUCUGUAGUAGACAUGCAUCCUCAAGGCUAGAUAACAUCUUCAAUUGUAAUCAACCUUUGAUUUCUGCUGCAUUCCAGUUUUGCUUGAUUUUUACAUGGAGUCAGGAGAACAUGCUUUGUAUCUACUUCAGAACAUGAGUUUAGGCUGCUAGUCUGGGACUUUGUACAUACUGCGAUAUGCUGUCCGUAGUUAUUCCGUCUUCCUGUUUUGGGUAUCUCUGUUGCAAGCCACAUCACCUGGCACAACUUUUAAAAUCCCGAGACUUGAGUUUUUGUUCUCAUGUUUCUAGUCCUCACUGUCAAAGAAAGUUAAGUGUGAGAAUAGUAUUUUUGUGAUCUGAACUUCCCAUAUAUCUGGGAAGUCCCAGAUAUCCAGUAUAUCUGAAGGAGCGUCUCCACCCCCAUCGUUCUACCCGGACACUGAGGUCCAGCACUGAGGGCCUUCUGGCGGUUCCCUCACUGAGAGAAGCCAAGUUACAGGGAACCAGGCAGAGGGCCUUCUCGGUAGUGGCGCCUUCCCUGUGGAACACCCUCCCACCAGAUGUCAAAGAGAACAACAACUACCAGGCUUUUAGAAGACAUCUGAAGGCAGCCCUGUUUCGGGAAGCUUUUAAUGUUUGAUGUAUUAUAGUAUUUUAAUAUUUUUUUGGAAGCCGCCCAGAGUGGCCGGGGAAGCCCAGCCAGAUGGGCGGGGUAUAAAUAAUAAAUUAUUAUUAUUAUAUUAUUAUUAUAUACCUCCUAUAUCUUCCCCACACCUGCAUUCUUUCCUUUCCUAUCAAUAUGUCAGUUUCAUCCAUUUCAUUAAUUGCUUGUCAGGGUUAGCUGAGGAUAAACACAUUUAGAUACGAAUUUCUUUGUCAUUGGUGUUACAUCACGUUAGCCAGCAUGUUACUGCCCACCCUACAUCCCUGAGUUGCCCCAUGCUGGCAUCUCUCUUGCCUGCAACUCACUGGACACUUCCAGAAGCUCAGAAACAUGCUUUGAAGGGUCAGUUUGAAUCUUUAUGGCUGGCAAUAGGCCAUGCUGUUCCUGUAGACAUACAGCACUGGUUCAUCAUAGCCACAUUGCAAGAUCACAAGUUCUUUAGAAGGGUGCCUUCCAUUGGUUCAUCAGUGCUAACCCGAUGGCACUCCAGAUGUUUCUGGCCUUCAACUCUUUCACCUGGCCAGUUGUUAGGGAUUGUAUUUCAGCAUUAUCUGGAGCGCCAAAGAUAUUAGCUGCCUUGUUCUCCACUGAGCAGUAGCACCUCUCCAGGGUACAAGACCGCCCUGAAGAAACUGGAAAUUCAACUUGGGGUUUUCUUCAUGCAGCACAUGCAAUCUACCACUCUUAAUAGUCCCUCGGUUUCUGAACAGUGUUGGAAUCCCCUCUGCAAAACAGACUUGCAAGGUUCAAUUCACAAAAAAGCAACUUUCGGUUCCCAUGCAUAAACCCAUACAAGUGCUUCUGAAUUCCUUUAAUCAAUCAAUCCUCCUUUCACAGCAUUGCUUCCCGUUCCUUCCCUUGCACCCACAAACUGGCCAAUAAAUUUAGAAUGGCCUUUGCUGAGCCCUGGCUUCUGUUGGGUGGAGGUUUUAGAGGCCACAGUUACUGGAACUGUCUUGGGGAAGGAGUGUUGGGUGUUGCUAUUUUUACUUGCCACAUCCUCUGUCAAUUUCUAAGAACUAAACGUGGAUUCUUUGUAAGAUUAUGUAUGUGGCAGGAUCCUGCAAAUGGACCCAGCCUCGGGGAGCUGGCUGGGGAUCCAAUCAGAACCCCAACGCUCUGCACUGCAAAAUGUCAGUUUUCUUGUAAGCUGGGGCAAGAGGGCGAACCCUGGCCUUUAGAGGAGGAGGUGCAGCAGCGAUGGGGUUCAUUGGGGCUCACCACCGUGACUCAUUGCAAAACGAGAGGGGUUUCCUCAUCUCAAAUCGUUGCUGUAUGCGGCUCUUCCCAAGCGUAAGGUCAAGAUUUCCCCUUGCAUUAAUGCAGUUGCCUUGGCAGUAGCAUUCUCAGUCACAUGCAGGCUAGUGCAUUCAAAGUGGGGUGGGGUUCAGUGUACCGCUGAACACUUUCUAGUGCUAUGACAUAAAAGCAAUUAGCCUUCAAAGAAAGUUCCAGAACAGUGGUUCCCAAUUAGCUAAGUAGUGCAGACCCCAUUUUUCAAAAGCCAUGCCAUGGACUCCCUAAGUUUGAAAAUUUUGAUAUCUCUGUGGUAGUUUUGGUUUAUAUGCGUGGGGGCCACGUCUUCUGACCUAUGUGAGAGCACUGCCCCCAAAACGGGAUAUCCCGGACAAUUGACAAGUACGUUCCACGGACCAACCAAUUGAGAACCACUGUUGUAAAAAGUUCAUGGGCUUAUAUUCUAAGGCUUAUAGAUUAUAAUGGAAACUUUCCAUGGUUGGGGAGUGGGUGAAUGGGGGAGGGGUGAACAUAUUGCAUGUGUGGAGUAGCUAGGGUUGAAACCCUACAUCUUUCAGGUACUUAAUAUAGCAAUCAGUGGUUUGGGGAGGGAAUUUUUUUGCAAUGCCUUGUGUUUCCAUUUUCUAAAUUCCUUAGUAACAAGGAUGGGUGCCAGUUGCAAAUAAGUAAGAGGCAAGCUUGGCAGUUUUGAACUUUUUAGCUUUGCAUAAUAAAUAUAAGUAAAAUAAACACACUAAAUUAGAUCACUCUCUAGGAUAGGGUUGGGGAAUUGGAUCUGGCUGGUGGGCCAGAUCUUUAUCUCCAUGCCAAGGGCCCCCCCAAUGAGCGAAGUUUGACAGGUGGGUGGGGUCACCCACUUGUCAAUCAACUGAUGUCACAGUGACACCUGGUGAUUCCCUUUUUGCCUGUGCAGUUUGAAACCAAACCACAAAGGUAAAAAAGUGGACAGCAUUUUUCUGUCACUGACUAUCAGCUGAUUAUUGUUUCUUGGGAAGCACUGAAUGCAGAGCUUGCGAAUCCCCUUGCACAGGACUUCCCAAGUGCCAGCAAUCAGCUGAUUAACACAGCUUUGCAAGCCCUGAGCAGAAAAAGCAAUGAUAAAGACUAGGGCAAAUUCUGACUUCACAUAAAAGUUUGUAAGGUGUGAAGUGUUGGUGACUGACCAGGAAUGAGAUUUUGGUGUGUUAGAUGGGUUGAAUAAAAUGUUGACCCAGUGUACAGCAGCUCUAAAAAGGGCAAAAUCUGUAUUAGGGAGCACUAGAAAAAGGGACUAACAAUCAAACUGCCAAGAUCAUAAAAGUGUUACACAAACACAUGUUGUCACCGCACUUGGACUACAGUGUUUAGUUCUGGUGGCCAAAUCUCAAAAAGGGUAUCAUAGAGCUGGAGAAUGUUCAGAAAAGGGCAACUCACUAGUGAGGAAAAAUUACUACAUUUGAGGUCUUUUAUGUUUAAGAACAAAGGCAAGUAAGGAGGAGCAGGGUAGAGGCGUAUUAAAUUUUGCAGAGUGUGGAGAAACGAAACAGAGAAGUCUCCCCCCCCCCCCUUUCAUAAUACCAGAACUAGAGGUCAUUCAAUGAAGCUGAGCACGGGAAGGUUCAGGGCAGACAAAGGAAAGUAUUUCUUCACACAUAAACUGUGAAAUUCGCCCCUACAGGAUAUAGAAAUGGCUAGCAGCUUGGGUGACUUUGUACCGCCUCCUUUCUCAGAGGUGGCAUGUCUCAGAGUACCAGCUAUGGUGUUGCUCUCCUGUCCUGAUCGCAGGCUUCCCAAAAGCACCAUGUUGGCUACUGUGAGAUCUAGAUGAGCCUUUGGUCUGAUCUAAUGUGCAUCGUAGUCUUGAGAACUGCAGACUGAGACUAUUGCCACUGAAUUUUUUAAUAAGUAUUUUCAAAAGGCUCCAAGGGAAAGACUCACAGAAGCCGCAUUCAGACUCAAUAUUUGCUUGAUGUGUGGAGGCACAACUAGGGUAAUUUAGCCUGCUGGAACUCAUAUUUGAAACACUUAAUUUUUUUCAAGUAGAGGCAUAGUCUCUACCAUCAGAUACUGGUCAGCUAUAUAGAAUGCUUGAGCCUGGUCUCAGGCUUAGGAUACAGAACAAGGAUAAGGUAUUUCUAACCCUACUUCAUAAGACCUUCCUGUUCAUACAUAUCUAAGAAUAAUAGAAUAAUCAGAACUCAACUAGGAUGCUAGUUGCCCCGCAAACCCCUUUGCAUGAUAUUGAAGAAGAAAUUCACUGUGAAUGUGCUCCUUCACUGUAGCAGAAAAGCCUAUCGUCCAAAGCAUAGAUGUUUGAAGGAGCUCUGUUAUUGCCGCAGUGAAAAUUUAAGUGGAAAUGAACAGCACCCCCUUCUUCUCUCCUCUUUCCCAGGACUGCCUGAAAGCUUGUCAGGAGCAGAUUGAGGUGGCCUUAGCAGAGAACCUGAAACAGACCUCACAGCCUCGGCAAGAGUACAGCCCCUCAAAGGAUGCCGUUUACCCUGACAGCCAGGAUGUCAGCCUGACCAGCACACCUACGGAUGUCACAGACAUCAACCUGUGACCAGCCCCUCCCUCCAAUCACCCAGCUCCCAGCAAGUAGAACUUAACGCAGGAAAAGAAGCCUCCCGGAACAUUCUGCCUGUGCAAUGUGAUCCCUGAAGAAUAAGGGGAGUGGGAGAAAAUGACCCCAUGAGCAUAACCUUUGUAAUGAGACCAUGUGGGAUUUGGGUCUUGGAGGAAUGGCGUGGGAGGGACUCCAAAAGGGAAUAGGGCCCCUUGCAGUUGGACUGUUUCUGCCUUGCUAGCCUGGUUUUUCCUAGGAUCAGGGGACCUUCCUGUGGUGUUUUGAGCCACGCUUGAAUUCGGGAAGGAUAGGUGAGCUUAGCGUCAGUUCAAAAGUUCUUCAGUUUGGGUUUGCUUCGUUGGAGGACGCGCUGCUGAUCACUGCUGUUUUGUCCCAAUCUUUGCUGCAUGCCUGUUGCAUGUGUGUCAAGAGAGAAAACGCACUUUUGUUAUAUAGACCGCCUUCACCUUAACAUGAAGAAGUUGAAACAUGUACCUGAGACAUCCUUGGUUGAAGUCGCUCUGCUCACCCGGCCAUGUGUGGGCGCCUGGUAGAGAGAGACCAGGCUAUAUUUAAAGUCCAGCACUGGAAUCUCUUUACCAGUCCCAAGGAAGUCUUAGUUCUCCUUUGAUUAUUAAUAGUAUCACAAUCCAUUAACCCUUCAGAGUCUUUUAGCCCGUUCAGGAGAAAUAAGUGGGUUUUGGCUCGCUUUUUGUGGGUGCUUGUUAAAGUGCUGCUUUCUAUAUAAAAUAUUGGGGGUUGGGGAGAAUCCCCUCUUCACUAGAAACCCAAGGGGAAAAUUUCUACUUGCUGCGCCAGUUGCCUUCUCUUACUCCUGUGAGACCAGAGUUACUUUAUUUAUUGUGAGGAUCAAACCUUACAAAGCCACAAAGCACGAUCAGAAGCUCAGUAGGGUAUGUUGUCCUGAUUCAUCCCUUUUGCCAUAUAACAGAGUGCCUUAAUGUCCUUCCUCGUCCUCCUUCAUACCUCUCUGGGCUGCUUACUUUGAGAGUCACGGUCAUUCCCGAUCAGAGUACACCCAACAAGUGCUGCUAUACUUGUAUGUACAAAUCCCUCCUGUCUUCACUGCCAAAAAAGAAACAAAAAAGGGCAGGAGAGCUACAUGCAAGGGAUGGGUGAUGGAGGAGAAGGAAGUCCAGCUAUACAAAUCUAAAUAAAAUAAAUAAAAAGGGGGUUAAGAGUGAUCUCUUUCCCCUAAAGAGUUUACAAUAUAAUGAGCUGCGACUGCACUGGACUAGAGAGUUGUAUUGUUCUUGUGUGUUUUGUUCAGGAAAAAGGUGUGUAUGUGUUUUUCCUAAAUGCUGCUUUUAUGAGAGACUUUAGAAACCUUUGGUGUGGGGGAACUGUAGCAAUGGGAGCAAACUUUGUCUUUUGAAUUCUAGUGGCAUUUCAUUAUUCAACCCUCCAGCUGGAAAAAGAAACAUGAACUGAUGCUACCUAAAACACCACUGGAGACCCGUCACCUUGGCCAACAGGAAAAAGCCUCUCUCUUACUAUGUUUUUGCCUUUCCUUUUCCCUCAUUGUGCUUACGCCGAUUAGUCAAAAUUAAUGUGCUAUCAGCAUUUCUGAUAAGUAAGUCUAUUGGAACAAGUUUGAAGACGAAAGGAAUGUAUUUUAUAGAUACAUCCACCCAACUAUAUAUUAGAGCUUUGAAUAAAGUUUGUCAAUAUGAUAGUCACUGUCACUCAAAACCCUCCUGUUAAGGAAAUUAUACCUUACUGAUAUUUUACCAUACUGCAAUAAAGCAUUUUUAAAAAUUGGCAC